AUGAAGCAGCAGCAGCAGCAGCAGCAGGAGAGAGUCGGUCGGUCGGUCCUCCAGGUGGGCUGCCUCCCCUCCACAGACACCAGCAGCAGCAGCAGAGGUCCGCAGUAGUUCCCGGAGCUCCGUCCCAGAGACUGCAGCUCACAGGAGGACUCGGACCCGGACCCGGGCUGGGAGGAAGAUGAAGGGAGAGGACUAGAACCAUGGGAGCUCACACCUCCUCCUAAAAGAACCGAUGCUGUCUCUCCUUCUUCUCCUUCUUCUUCUGCUGGACUUUCUAAUGUUCGAGAGGAAGCUCCAAACUCUGAGUCUUCAAGGAUGUUCCUCCUCUCAGAUGGGACUCUCUCAGCCCUCACUUCUGCCUUCCUGGUGGGACUAACGUGUCUGACCGUGAUCUGCGACCACACCGAGGGAUCCUCAGACUUCUCAGGUCAGAUUAUUGAUCCUUAUUGAUGGUUCACUUGUUUGGUAAACCCGACAGAGUAACCUGCGUGGGUCUGCAGCUCUUGUUGUUGUUUUUGUGUUUGGUUGUAAAACUCUGUAAACUUUUCUCCUGGUGAAUCGGAGCUCCUCGAAGGUUUCACGUGAUUUAAAGUGUGGAGUAAAAACUCUCAAACACUCAGGAGGAGGUGGAGGUGGUUGUUUCUGAAGUGUGUCGCAUCAACUUCUCCCCGUGUCUGUGGCGUGCUCCAGCAUGCACACUGACUGCAGUGAUUUCCCCACAAACCGAGUGGGAGAGAAAACGACUUAAAGAGGCGGAAAAGACCUGAAUCCUGCUUAUCUUAGUGAAGACUGACCCACAUAGACAAACAGCUUUAAAGUCUCUUUAGUGCUGGGGUUCGAGGUUCGAGGGAUUUCUACUGAGACACAUCAUGUCCUGUUGAUGCAAUGGAGAUAGAUGGGAUAGUGUGGUUAAUGUGUGACUAGAUAGGAACUAUUGUGCAGACAGAGUAGGUGUCUCUACAUGUGGAUAUUCAGCUAUAGAGUCUUUGUACGGUGGCCCAGAACAGCCACUGCUGCAUAUAAAAAAUGAAUGCAAAAAAAAAAAAAGUCACAACAGAAAUUACCGAUGCAAAAUGGUGGAAUUCAUGUUUAUGUUGCUCCCAUGAGUCAUGAUGACAUCUGAACUUAUUUUUCAGUUUAAUAUUUCACCCCAAAAAUAAUUAAACUGUGUUGGAUGGGAGGUCCUCUGUUACGGUGGCUGAGAACCGCCACUGCUGCAAAUAAAAAAAGAAUGCAAAAAAAAGAGGUCAAAAUAGAAGUUAACAAUACAAAAAAAAGGAAACAAAAAUCCACUGUAAAAAGAAAAAGAAAUAGUGCAGAUUAAAAAAAAUAAAGCCACAACGGAAGUUAAUGAGGAAAAAAAAAAAAAAUGAUGAUGCACCGGAGUUUUACAAUCUAGACACAGAAGAUGACAGCGAGAACACAGGUAAAGAAGUUUGUGUAAAGGUUAUUGAUUAAUUUCGCUUUGUAAACUUUUUAAUAUGGUUUGACCAUGUAGCUCCUGAGUCGAUAUGAAGUUGAACUGAAGCUAACACGACACCGACUUCCUCCAGACUUCUUUUUCUUGCAUUCUUUUUUAUGAGCAGCAGUGGCGGAUCUCGGCCACCAUAACGGGGGACCUCCCAACCAACACAGUUUGUUUUUUUAUGGAGGUAAAAUAUUAAACCGAAAAAUUAGUCCAGAUGUCGUCAUGACUCAUGUGAGCGACAAAAACACAUGAAUUCAAUGAUAAUUUCAAUCAUUUUGCAUCGGUAGCUUAUGUUGUGACUUCUUUUAACCUUUUUUUUUUUCUCUGGCACUUUUUUUUGCGUUGUUAACCUCUGUUGUUGUUGUUUUUUUUCUUAAAUCCGCACCGUUUCUUUUAUAUUUGCAGCAGGCUUUGGUUUCUUUUUUUUUUUUUUUGCAUUGUUAACUUCUGUUAUGACUUUAUUUUUUGCAUUCUUUUUUUAUUUGCAGCAGUGGCAGUUUUCGGCCACCGUAUCUCCCUCCUGUUUAAUCAUGUUUAACCUCAUUGGUUAUAUCCGGCUCUGUCUGCCACUUACCUCAGGUUUAUGUGCCUGAUUGUGGAGGCUGUUCUACCUGCCACCUUAACCUAAUGAGUGAUUCCGGGUCGUGUUAGAGGCUGUUGGUCUGCGCUGAGCUCCAGGCGAGGCUGCAGGUUUUGUUUACUGUGCCAUAAAACAGGAAGGGAGCUUUGUGUCGGUGUUAAUUGGCCUCUAAUGGGUCUAAUGGUUGGAAACGAGGAGGCUAGGACUGCAGGGAGAGGUGCUAAAGAGCAGAUGUAUGUUCCCGGCUCCUCCUGUGUGUGUGUGUGUGUGUUUGUGUGUGUGUGUGUGUGUGUGUGUGUGCGUGCAGAGGCUUCAUGUUGCUGUCUAAUGAACUGCUAAAGAUCACGGUGUAGUGAGGGCUGUUAACAAGGUUGCUGGUUUAAUUGCCGCACAUGUGUGAGUGGCUGUUGGGUUUUGACAUUAUUACAGUAAUGAAGCUGAUUAAAUGGAGGUUCGUUAUGAGACCGGCUGCUGCUGCUGCUGCUGGAGGAUUCCUGAGCAGGUUGACUAAAGUUACAGCCGCUCUGACAAAGUUUUUUAACGUCACAGAGACGAGAAAAUGACGAAAAUCUCAACUUUUGUGGGAAGUUUCAGAAAGUUUUUAGCUUCUAAAACAAGCUAGGCUGAGGUAAGCAGUUAGCAUCGUAGCAUGUCAGAGAAAAUGAUUUUUUAAAAUAAAUAUAAAGUCAGACUGUAAGGUCUGUCCUCCAGUGAUUUCCCUCUGACAUAAAAGGAAUAACUUUUCAUGUUUCCACCAACAAUCCAUCGUCUCACGUGUGUCUAACCUGCUGUGUGGAGUUCUGCAGGGUUCUGUUCUUGGCCCGUUUUAUUUUUGUUAAACCUGACGCCGCUCGGUCAGCUGAUUCACGGUUUUAAAAAUGUGUCUGAUCACUUUUACGCUGACGACAUUCAGAGUUUCACCUUUUCUCACCCCUGUCUUAUCACGUCUUCACUGGCUAAUUUUAGUUCAGACUUUCCGGGCGCUGCACGGUCAGACCCCCCAGUACAUCACUGAUUUGUUGUGCCCCUGCUCCCCAGGGCAGACCUUUUGGUCAUCAGGCCAGAACCUCCUAAUGGUGCCGAAGACCCGUUUUAAAACUGGGGGGUUUUAAGACCGUAGCCCCCAGACUCUGGAUCGAUCUGCCCCUCUCCCUCCGUUUGAUCAACUUUUAAAAAUCAGUUAAAGACUCUUUUUAAACUUUUAAUGGACAGGGUUCAGUUUGUCUCUUUUAUAUCUGCACUUAUUUCCGUACUCACCUGAACUGUAUUCAUAUUUGUGUCUGGAUAUGAUCUUAUCUCUUUUGUACUGUUUAUUUUUAUCUAAUUGGACUUAUUUUAUGAACAGCGUUUUGUGAUUUGUAUCUGUGAAAAGAGCUCUAUAAACAAACUUUACUUCCUUACUAACAGACUGAUAGUUGACCUUCUUACAGUAUCAGAACCAUCACCAGAUUAACUCCUCUGUCCUGAUUUUGGACCUGGGAUCAGGUUCUUCUACUCUAAAGUCCCAGAUCCAGUCUUGUUUUGUUGGUCCAGGUCUUUACAGACCUGCUGACCGAGCCCCCCCAUGAAUGAAUGAAGGGAUGAGAAAAAGGACGAUCACAGCAGAAUACCUCCGGGACAAAGACCUCCUUCAGUCCUCACAUUCUUGUCCAGCUGGAGUCUCCCUGGAGACCCUCAGAGAGGAGGGCUUUGAUUGACAGGUGGUGUCAGUGUGCAGGGUGACAGGAGGAGCCGGUUCAGGUCUAACAUCUGUCAGUCAGACAGUGGAGACUCUGAGAGGAGUGGACCCAGAGGGCUCAGAGUCCAGGAACCAUCUGUAGGUGUUUAGAAUCCUGAAAAUAUGAUUGAAUUCAUGUUUGUGUCGCUCACACGAGUCAUGACGACACCUGCAACAAUUUUUCAGUUUGAUAUUUCACGUUCAUAAAGUUGAAGGUUGUUUGUUGGGAGGUCCCCUGUUACGGUGGCCGAGAGCUGCCACUGCUGCAAAUAAAAAGAAUGCAAAAAAUAAAAAAAAGCCACAACGGAAGUUACCAACGCAAAAAAAAAAAAAAAAAAAAAAAAAACCGGUGCAGAUAAAAAUAAAAUAAAAAAGCCACAACGGAAUUUAACGACAGAAAAAAAGUCGAUGCAAAAUAUUAAGUUACUCACUGUAAAAAUAAAAGGAUGCAACAAAAAAAGCCACGACCGAAGUAAGAAAUGAUGCACUGGAGUUUUACGAUCUAGGCACAGAAGACGACAGCGAGAAGACGAGCGAAGAAGUGGAACGGUUAUUGAUUAAUUUCACUUUGUAAACUUUUUAAUGUGUCGUGUGGUUAGACCAUGUAGCGCCUGAGUCAAUAUGAAGUUAAAAUGAAGCUAACUCUACACCGACAUCCUCCAGAUCAACGUGGUCGUCUUCUCGCCGUCGUCUUCUGUGCCUAAAUCUUAAUACACCGUUGCAUCAUUUCUCACUUCUGUUGUGGCUUUUUUAUUUGUAUCCUUUUAUUUUCACAGUAAGUAAUUUUUUUUUCUUGUUUCGGCACUUUUUUUUGCUUCUUAAACUUCCGUUGUUUUUUUUUUUUUAAACUGCUCUGUUUCUUUUUUAUUUGCAGCAGGCUUCAGUUUUUUGUUUUUUGUUUUUUUUUGCAUCGGUAACUUCCUUUGUGACUUCUUUUUUUUUUUGCAUUCUUUUUUUUUUUGCAGCAGUGGCUGUUCUGGGCCACCUUACCCUGUUAUCAUCCUCUAUGAUUAGAGGUAUGGAGUGAACUGUGCAGCAGUCGGAGCCUCCAGGCUAAGAGCUAGCAUCUUCGCUAACUCUUGUUUGUUUUGAAAUGUUGUUGUUAUUUCUGAGGCUAAUCUGACUGUGAGGUUUUCCUGUCUGUAUUUGUGCGGGUUAGUGAGUAUUCAGCUGUGUCUGUUUUCCUCUCAUAGAAAUGUUUAUUCUCUCUGCUCUGGUUUUUUCUAAAUACUGACAACACUGAUCUAAAGUCACAGAACCAUGUGGAUUAAUUUCUUGUAUCUGUAAACACGCCUCUGUUAGGUGUGUAGGAUAAAGUUGGACAAAGCUCUCUCUAUAAAGACUCAGUCUGUCGUCACUCUGCUGUUACAGUGAACACCUCUUCCUCCCUCUGCUGCUUUAAACCCUGCAGGCAAAACCCCAUUUAACCCCAUUCAAAAGAAAGGGAGGCUGCUGAGGGGCCGAGAGGUCAACUGAGGUCAACCCACAGUGAGUGUGAGUGUGUGGUUAGGGGGAGUUAUCAUCCAUCUUGUUCUGUGUUCCUCUUUGUUCCCCUCCUCACACAUGUUGAUCACGGUCGGCUGAGGGUGAAUGAAAGUCAAACAGAAGAGCAGAUUUUAGGUCAGGAGCUGUGAGGAACUUCAGAGGAGGAUCAAUAAUCAGUUUAAUGUGAAAGAGUCAGAUUCACUCUCUGAUUAAACACUCGAACUUCACUCUGACUCUGUGAGGUAUCUUGUUCUGGUCAGAUUUAUUAUCCUGAGGAACGGUUGUGUUGAUAUUCUGUCUUUGUAGGAGACGUCACGCCUCAUUUCUGCUCUUCACCGUCCAGUUAUGAACCAGACGUCUCAGGGAGAGGCGAACAGGAAGUAGAUCAGCCUCUUUCUUCUUCUUCUGUCCAGGUUUUGUUUACUACCUGCUUCUUAGCAACACAUUCAUGCUCUUCACGCUCAGUUUCAGUCAGACUGAGGUGUGAUUUAACCGUUUAUUUUCUGCUUUAUUCUCACGUCGGCUCAUCCCGACGCUCCUGUGAAGGUUCGGUCUGUCUGUGUUCACACACGUGCCGCUCGCUGUCAGAGUUCGCUCAGUUUUUCAGAGGAAGCGCUCGUGUGAUUACAGCUCAUGUUUUGUUUUUCUGGAGGCUGAUUGGCUGAUUGUUACUUUGUGAAGUACACACACACACUUUAAACACACACUUACACACACACACCUCUACCAACAGCCCAGAGCUCCUCCAGGGUCCUGGAUCUCUAAUCCGCUCAGAUUCUGGACUGGCCCCUGGUAAGGGGAGCACACCGAGCCCUCGCUCUGCGCUCUCAGACCCCCUUUCCUUCCCCUCCCCCACCCCGGCCCUCCUCCCACCUCCUCCCACCUCCUCCGCUCCUCCCUGGGGCUUGCCUGAUCACUGUUUCUGUGUCUGAGUGCGCCAGGUGAGCUCUGUCUAAACAAAUCCUGCCUCCCUCUUGUUUUGUCUACUGCGGUGGAGGCAGGCGGCGAGGUGGACCGCCAGAGCCCGACAUAAGGCGGCUUUAUUCCCCCGCUGAAUAGAGAAGGCGGGGCUGCUGCUGCGUUUCAAAGAAGAGGGACUGAUCAGGACUUUAACGGUGGGCUGGUGUCAGAACUGAACCCUGGAGGGUCCAGGAUCCGUCUGUCAGACCUCACCUGUAUUUUCAGGGUCGACUUUGUUGACGGCGACACACUUCAGGAGUUUUAGUUGAUCCUAAAUCCACUUAUGGAGUCCAAAUCCUGAUAAAUCCAUUUUGGAUUGACUUUGAUAAUUUUAUGUAACAAAGGUCAGAGGUCACUCCAAACUAAAUAAAGUCAUCCCAUAUUCAGUCAUUUAACCGUCUUUGUUUUUAGUUUAACUUUUAAACUCUAAACUUUCAUAUUUAGACGUUUCUCAACAUUCAACACAGAAACAAACUGAGGUGAGGAGAACCUGUGUGUGUGUGUGUGUGUGUGUGUGUGUGUGUGUGUGUGUGUGUGUGUGUGUGUGUGUGUGUGUAAUUUAAGGUGGAAGUCUGCGUGGCACAACAUGAUCGAGAUAAAGACAUGACCUACAGUGCAGGCCCCGCCCCCUGGAUACAAUAAGUACACAAACAAACACUCAUAAUGCGGAGGCUGACAUCAUGUCGGGGAACGACGAGCUCAGAAGUUCCUGAAGUUUAUGAUGAAGGGAUGAAGAGGAGUUCAUCUUCUCCUCAUGAAUCACGUCUUUGGAGGACGUUUUCAGGUGGAGGGACACAGACUCCAAAAGUGGUGACAACAUUAAUGAACAUAUGUGUUUGAAGGAGGCGGAGCCUCAAAGGUGAGCUCUGCGUGUCAAAAAUUGAUCCAGCAGCAAUUGGCGGACGUCGAGAAUCGCUGUCAUUCUGGAAAUGAGCCGUUCUGGAUGCAGUGAAAAUUCCAGGUUGGACUGUUUGUUAGAUUGAAGAAUCAGACAUAGAUCGACACGCUGACAUCCAAACACAGGACUGUGAGGGUUUCAGUAAGACCGUCCUAAACCACAUUCUGCAGCAGCAUGGCUCAGGUGGAGACGAGUCCUGCAGACCAACUCAGCUGACUGCAGAAGUUUACAGCUGUACCUACGCAGCAGCAGCAGAAACUCUCCACUGGAGCUUUAAUUUCCUGGGAAAAUGUCCGACUCUGUGGAGCAAAAACAAAAACAACCCAAACUGACCAAAAUGUUUAAAUAAGCUCAGGAAGACGAGUUAAAUACAAGUGUGUCCCACUCUGUGUCCCACUCUGUGUCCUGAGUGACACUUAGUUCCCACACUGUCACUCCCCCUCAGAGCAGGACUCUUGUUUACGUCUCGUUUCGCCUGAUUUAAAGCGAACAGCCUGUUUUUUUCAGCACAUAUAGGUUAUAAUAAUGCCGUGUUAUCAGCAGACGGAGGGUUUGGCUGCUGUUCAAACAGAAAUCACUAUCAUCGCUGUGAGAGAGUGGAUGUCACUUUUUAGACGGCGCCCGUCUCCAACGUGAUUUUGGGCUGAAACUCCCAAAUUAAACCCAGACUGUGACCUCCUCGGCAGGCUGUGGUGGAGGUCUAAGUACCGCUCUGAACCACGGGUGGAUGUUUUAAUCAAGACUUAUAAUCAGCAGUAAACCGCUCAGCCCUUAAUCAGAUAACCAUUAUUUAGCAUAGAUUUCUGUUUAUCCGUAAAUCAGCCAAUCAGGAGCGGAGCUGACUGUUUGUGUAGUAAUAACUGUUAUUGGAAAAAAGGGGGGGUUGGAUGUAUAUGCAGACAUUACAGGUGUGUGUUUGCACUUGCCCUCUCCUGCUCAGAGUCGGUGAGAAGAGCUCCAAAGAAAACACCGUCAAAGAUUCUUCAGAGACACGGCGGCGUUGGUGCGUGCAGCGGCGGCGGCGUGGAGCCGGUUAUCUCUGUUAGUGUUGUUAUUAUUAAUGAAGCCUCAUUUGUCACAUUCAGAGCAGAAAGCUUAAAGAGAAUCAGAUAAACCUGCAGCUGCAGGUCCACACCCUCCACCCAGGAGAGACUGAGCCGUGGAUAAACAGAAACAAGUGUGGAGGAAGAGUCGACGGAGGGAGGAGGAGCGCACCGCCAAUUAUCUCCUCGUGUCCACCCGACGGCUGAAUUAUGGCCUACACACACACACUCACAUGCACGUGCAGAGAGCAGUGCACACCUCUCCUGCCUCUAACAGAAUGUAAACCACGCUUUGAUGCCCCCCUCCCUCGGUGUUUCCUGGGAGCUGAUUUAUUCCCACUUUAGGAGCUGACAUGUCCGCCCUGAUCCGGCUCCUCGUUCUGUUCCUCCCUCCAUCCUUCAGUCCUCGUCCUCUCUGUGGACCAACGCCGUCUUCAGGAAAAGAACAUUAGUGAUUAUAGUUUGAUUAAACCCCCAGAGGGAGAGGGAGAGGGAGAGAGAGGGAGAGAGAGGUAGAGAGGUGGGGCACAGAAGGGCCAGUCUGAACAAGGAGGCAUUGUGUCGCCCCCCAACUGUGUCGGACUGACAGUCUGCAUUACAACACGCUACAGCGGCCCGCUCCCCAAAGCUCUGCUAAUCUGUAGCUUUACUGCCUCCUUAGUUUGUUCAGGUAAAGGGGGGGGGGGGGUUAAACUGAAGCUGCUUCAGUAUCGUGUGUCUGUAGAUUUACAGUUUAACGUAAACAACAAGAAAACAUGUCGACAUGUUGGAUUUCCUCUUAUUCUGAAGUCGGUGGUUCGACCUCUCUGAACUCAGAGUUCAUUUUUACCUACAGAUCAGUUUAAAGCUCCAGUGAGGAAGUUUUUUGUCUGUGUUGACUUUGGCGCCCCCUGUGGUCAAAAUCACAGCUCUUUGACUCCGUUCAUUUACAGUCUCAGUUUAAUCGGACUAAACUCACAAUUCGUCUUUUUCUCUGAAUCAGACUUCUCUCCUCGUCCUCGUUUACAUGCAGCUGAGAAAACUGAAUUAUUAACGUGAACGUGUCCUCCUCCCCAACACUAGGGGGCGAUAUGGGUCUUUUCAGCGGCGCUGUUUCCGAGCCCAUACAACCGUCAACAACAACAGCAGGUCGGUGUCAGACGUACUGGAAGGACACAAUCUACUGCUUAUACAUCUAUGUGUCUGUCUUUAUAGAGACAACUCGUUAUCGCGCGAUCGAACGUGAAUCUGCGGGUUCUUGUGAGUUCUCAUGAUUCCUGCUGUCUGUAAUCCACCACAGAAUUUGCCUCACAAACAGAUCCAGUAGGAAUUGGCGUGCAGUGAAAAUCGCCGCCUUUCCGGACCAGAGUCGUUCCGGAUUGCAGUGGAAAUCCCGGCUUUUAUAACUUCUGCAUAGUCCCAGUUCAACCAGUGAGGCCGAGGACCAGUUCUGAGUCAGUCCUCUGUCCAUCUGACCCCUCUGUGCCUGAGGCGACCGUACCCCCCCGCUCCACACUUAGAGGCGGUGGGGAGGACGGCUGAAGAAAGACACAUCUGCCCACAGCAGACCUCCUCUCCUCCUCCAGCUGGGUCUCUGGUCUCUGGUCUCUGGUCUGGGGUCAGUGAGGAGGCGGUCUGGCAGUCACCCAGCUCUCCCGGGUCGUAAAAGUGACCAUUAAAAUGACAGAUCCUCUUCCUCUCUUUGUGUCACCCACUUUCUCCGUGGGUGUCAGGACAUGUACCCAAACACCGGAGGGGGGUUUCUGUGGACCUCUGCUGGACCUCACCCCCCUCCAUGUCCCAUCGAGACUCACAGCACACACUCUGUGUUAGAGUGACCUUUGACCCUGGGGGGUCAUUAGGGUAGGCACGUGCUAACAGAGGUCAUGGGAGGUUUGGGUGGGGCCAGUGUUUGGUUUUUGGGGGGCUCCCUGGGGUAGACUUAGAGACCACUUUCCUGCUGUGAGGCCAUCAUCAAGUCCAGCAGAUGUUCUUCAGCCUGGACCCCCAGGACGGGGUUUAGAGACCCGACCCACAGGUGGAGGAGGAGGGAGGAGUGUUCAUCAUCUUUGAGUGCCUGAAAAGCCAAGGGACCGAAUGAGAGAGCACAAGCACUGACUGUCUACAGAGACCUCAUCCUGAAUCCUUUCAAAAUAAAAGUCUCCAUGUUUGCAAAGACAUUUUACUAAAGGUUAACACUUCGAACUUCGUUAAUAUAGUUCACAGUUUCUCAGGAUCUAUACCGUGUAUCUCUACGGGAUCAAAAGUGUUCAAAAGUUUACCCUUUAGUCGAUCUAUCGAGGGUUUCCAGACAUUUCUACACCUGCCACAAAGUUUACAAUCCAGCCAAUCAAAAUAGGUGUUUGAUCAGAGACGAUUUAUGGUAAAUCAGCAGUGAUAUACGGUGAAAACAGGAUUAUUGAUCAGAUUGUUGUGAUAAAAAAAAGAUCGCUAUUGAAAUAGUAAAAAAGGCCCAGAAGAAUGAGUGUAAAUAUGUCAAUAGUUUCUGUUGUGUGUUUGUUCCAAUCCCAAUAUUUCUUCUCCUGAUAGACUUGAGAGGAUGAUGUUCAGGUGAGGAAAGGCUUGGUCACUGUAGAUUUAUUAGUACUGUUGGGAUCAAAAAACUCAAAUUCUUCAUUUUAUUUCAUGACAGUGUAGAAACAUUUGACUCCAACCUUGGAUCAGAUUUAUUGAUUAUUAUCAUCAGGAUGAAGUCUGACCACUGACCUCAGUUUAUUUAAAUCAAAGUUAAAGACGCACCUUUUUAGACUUGCUUUUAACUCUGACUAGAUAGUCCUGUACUUAUAGGUUUUUAGCACUUCUACAUACUAUUUUAUUGUAUUAUUUUAUUUUCAUAUUCAUUUUUAUUAUUUAAUCGUUCUUGUAUUAUUCUAUUCUAUUGUAUUAUUUUAUAAUGGUAUUUUUUCUUGUGUUAUUUUAUUGCUCUUAUGUAAAGCACUUUGGGUACCAUUUGGGAUAUUGUAAAGUGCUAUAUAAAUAAAAUUUGAUUGAUUGAUUGAUUGAUGAAGUCAAAUCUCUGACAGUGAAGGGGAGGGUGGAUGUAUCGCUGUAGUUAUUGAAAUAAAAAUGAACAGAUAAUCACAGUCGACGCUGUAAAGAGGACCCCUUCACAUACACACAGACAUACAAAUACAACCUUUAUAGAUUUCAGCUUUUCUAAAGUUUCCUGUUCUAACCAGACAGAGUUUCCUGUUUGUGUUUCUGGUCGAUUCACUGAGGAGCGUUCGGCUCCAACACUCAGACUGUUGUCGUCCUGAAAGCUGCUGCUGAUGAUGGAUUCAUACGUCUGAGUGUGAACAGGGGGAGGGGGGGGUUAUAUGGAGCCAGUUAAAGGUUGUGUCUCUGUGGGUUUGAGUGUGAGAGUGUGUUUGUGUGUGUCGGUGUUAGAAAGAUAAACCAUCUCAGAGCAGGAGGAGGAGGAGGAGGAGGAGGAGGAGGAGGAGGAGCGGAGCGAGCCAUCAGAGUGUUUGUGUUUGUGUCUCUGAUUUUAAUGACCUCAGCUGCUCCGGCUCCGGCCUCUGACUGUGUGUGUCUCUGUGUGUUUAUGUGUGUGUUCAGAGGAAGUGUAAGCAGCUCUGCCUUUCAAAAUAAAAGAACAUUGCCUCAGGAUAAUGAUACAUGCAGGCUUGUUUGGAGUUGGUAAAGCUCCCCUAUCAUCCUGUGAACUCGGCUGACUGUCAGUUCUUCAGUGAUCCAGAUCCAGAUCCAAACACCUGAACAGGUUCAGUGUUUUCCUCAUGGUUCCUCGCUCUGACGACAGACUGAAAAGGUGAGAGGAAUGAUAUACAGAUCUAGAUGCUGCACACUCUCUGACCUGAAAAAAGGCUGGACUGUUUCUCCUUCAGAGUCAGGGGUGAGGGGCUGAAGUCCGUGUUUUUAAGGUCCUCCUCUGUGGGGUUAAAUCCAGGGACAGACCCUCAUGUGAGUAAGCCCCCUCAGCUGACCCCGCCUCCUCACUCAGUCACUGAGCUACAGUGUCGCCUGUGAACAUGAGAACAUGAGAACAUGAGAGUGUUUAAAGGCUCUGAAUCUCCUCCACAGGUACGACCGUCAACAUCUAAAUAAAGUGUCAUUGAUUAUAAAUCAAUAAAUCAGCUUUAAAGUCAAUGUUUACGUUUAAAUUUGUUUUAAAGAUCAAAACUUUCAUGAAACUUUGAGUUUUUGUUUUUAUAGACAAGUAUUUUUAAAAUGGACUAAAAGAGAUUUUAUGAAGUUCUUUAAUUCCAGCCUCUUAAAUCUAAAUUAUACAAAUAAAUAUUAUAGUUGAAUUAUUCUCUCUGGAUUAUGAACUGAACAAAAAGGUCUUUGCAGAAACACUUACACUUAUUUUUAAUACAUAAAAACCUCUCAGCGCUGCGGUUUGUGUUUAUGUCCAAAUCUGUAAGAGUCAGAGGUUUAAUUUUAAAGUCUUUACAGGAUCAAAUUAUCGAAUAAUCAGGAUUAAUAAUCAGGAUUCAGUGGUUGUUGUUUUAAUCAGCUGCUGACUUUGUCUCUGUUCACUCUCAGUCUGUUAAAUCUGAUUGGUUCGUAUGAAGAAUAACGUCCUCCUGUAAACAUGAGGACAGAUGUUCAACAUUAGAUCAGAGCUGUGAACGUUCAGAGGAGAUUUGAACAGUUUAGUCUUCUUGGUUUGUAGCUGAUGAAGUAAAAUCUCUAAAUUAAACACCUGAGAUGUUUGUUCCAGACCUCAGAUUCGUCUCUUUCUGCACGUUUGUUUCCAUGUUUUAAAACUGAUCCAGAUUUACUCUCUAACCCAGUACAUCUCUGCGCUUGUACCCGAACUCUGUGCUGCGGUGUGAUUAGCAGGAAAGUAGGCUAAUCCAGAACCGGCCUAUAGUAGCAGGACUAAUUGAUUGUAAGCUGAAGAAUGCGGCGUAUUCGAAGAAUGCCUUUUUUCGACCUGAAUCUGACGGGCUUAGCGCUGAGGAGGACUGGCGUUGGCACGUUUGCUGGUGUAGCUUUCCUUUGACAUCACGCUCUUUGUGUAGCUGUGUGUGUCCUUGUGAACUUUUGCUCCUUUUUUCUCCUGUUUGAGGUUUUGAAUGGAGCUUGUGUAUCUUCGACUCGGGUACAGUUUCAGUCUGCAGAUCUGUGAUUUAGGAGGUUUUUUUCUCAUGUUAAAGCCGGGCUCGGCUCUGGGAUCCUGAACAGUCUCUGUGGUCUAUAAGGAACAGUAAUUACUACAAGACUUAAAGCCACCAGCUCCGGCUCUCUGGACCUCUGCUGACACACUUCUCCUUCUUUAUCAGCGUUUUUUCACUCCCUUCUUCUCUCCUUUAAAACCACCACUCCACUUUUUAAAGAUGUAAAUCAACACUCGGUGUUUUUUUCAGAUCUGACACUUUCCCUUCCCGUCACUCAUCUCUACUUUGACUUUUUAACAUCUCCGUCCUCUCCCUCCUCCUCCCUCGUCUCCUCCAGCCUCCUCCAGAGUGCGGUCUGCCUCCUCCGUCUUUGAGGUAAACCUCUCCUCUCCUCAGUAAUCACCACAUAAAGGGAAUUCCUGCUCCAGCGGCAGUUCUGCAGCUCUGCAUCUCUGAAAUCUGGAUGGCUUGUUGGCUAUAAUUUGCUUAAAAUAACAGCAAUAAAAGUUAUGAAGCUGUAAAAGCCUAAAUACCCAACGUUUCCAGAUGAAACGGGAGGCAGGCUUUGAUUGUGGAGCUUUAAGGAUGUGUCAGGUUACUCUGAGGCUUCUCCACAAACUUUCACCGUCAAAUCUUAAAUCUCAUGAUCUAUUUAUAGAGAUCUCCUUCUGAUUAUCACUGAAACACAGAGUCAGUAAAUCUGAGAUCUGAUCGGAUGUUCUGAUUAUAUUAUUAGAAUCUGAGCCUGAAGUAUCAGGACACAUCAGCUGGAGCUCGAGCUGCGGCGUGUUUUUCAUGCUGUGGGCUCAGCCAAUCGGAGGAGGAGGCAUCUUUCAAACGCAGAGGGGAGACCUGAGCAUGAGCAGCAGACUACACUCCCCCCUCCUCAGAGAUACCUGUCACUCUGUCUUCAGGCAGAAACUCGAAACCUGAACGGAGUUUCCUUCAGCCGUCUGAGACAGAGGAGACACGCAGGACUGGACCAGGAACCAGGUCUAAAGGAGAACCUCUUAAAGUCCACCAAAGCCGGGACUCAGGGUGAGGUGUCCCGUCCUGACCCAACAAAAGCUGCAGAUCCUUCACAGUCAGGAGUCUCUUUGCUGUGUUUUCAGGACGACACCAGACCGGUUUACCUGCAGGACUCUUAAGCUAAACUGCUAUAAUCCCUGCAGAAUAAGCUCCUCCCCCUUUCUCAAAAUUUUCUGCAAACUCAUUAAUAUCUGUGAUGAGAAUCUGAGAGAAACAAAAAUCUGUCUCCUCGCCGCCAUGACCUUUUUGUGGAUGAAUCCAAAGAGUGGUUUUCAUGCAGCGUAGCGGCGAUUCCUGAGGUAGCAACUCUGCGUCUGGACAGCUGGAUUAAAGGUGUUGGUGGAGGUGGAUUAAUCACAUGAUCUCAGCGUUCGUCAAAGUUCUCAUAUUAGAUAUCAGAUACAACAACAGUGGGAUUAAAGCAGCAGUUGACAAUACCGUUGAGUUUCUCAGGAGCGAUAGACGAGCUGAAACUUCAGGUUAUUCCUCAGACCUCCUACAGAGGUGACGUUAUGAUGACAGGUCAAAGGUCAAAGUCAUAAUUCAUCACUUUUUUAAAUAGUUUUUUAAGUUUUAAGUCAACGUCACUACAGUCAUAGUCGUGUUAAACCAUCAAAUUCAGUUUUUAUCAACAUUUUACACCACUCCCCAUGUUUUCAAGGGUUUCAUUUAUAAAAGUAAAAACCUGUUUUUUUAAUUUACGUCGUCUUUGCCGUUAAAGUCUCAUAAAUACGUCGUGAGCUGCAGCAGUUCACCAUAUCGUUGAGUUUCUCAUGAGCGAUAGACGAGCUGAAACUUCAGAUUAUUCCUCUGACCUUCUACAGAGGUGACGUUAUGAUGACAGGUCAAAGGUCAAAGUCAUAAUUCAUCACUUUUUAAAAUAGUUUUUUAAGUCAACACCACUAUAGUCAUAGUCAUGUUGAACCCUCAAAUUCAGUUUUAAUCAACAUUUUACACCACUCCCCAUGUUUUUAAGGGUUCAUUCAAUAAGAGUAAAAAGCUGUUUUUUUAAUUUACGUUGUCUUUGCCGCUAAAGUCUCAUAAAUACGUCGUGAGCUGCAGCAGGUUUCAGCUAAUCACUGAUUUGCGGGGAGUUAAACCCUCCAGCGGUCUUUUUACGCUGAGGCUUGUUGACACAACACAGUGAGCCUUCACUAAUCUCCAUCAUACCUGACCCUCCUCAUCGCCAGGUCAGACUUAAGGCUCAUCACAUGACCACCAAUGAGGAGCUAACAAUCACAGGGGCCUCUGAUUUCAGGCUGUGAACACACGUGGAGGAGAAGAAGACAUCCUCAGGCUGGAGAUUCAAAGGAGCUGAGAAGCUGUUUCAUGGCGAGAGUGACUUGUUUGUACACGACUAGUAUCGUGACCGCAUCCCCCCGCCGUUUUAGAGAGCGAAUAAACAAACCGGCAGACAUAAUAGUGCGGCGCUUUGUCAGGAGAAAGGUUCGAGAGUCUGCUCCCACAUGAAAGAAACAGGGGGGUGAAGGAGAAGAAGAGACGCCUGGGUGUUCCUCCAGCUUUGUUCGACCUUCUGCCUCUGAGGGACACCUGUCAUUGGCUGAGGCGGUUUACACAGGUGCCUUAACCCCGCCUGGUUUGUUCAGCCUUGAAAAGGAGGCUUCAGUCAUCAGGUAGUGUGGAGGGAACAAUAGUGACGAUCCUGAAGGAGAGGGAAGAGCAGAGACCGAGGAGUGAGUGAGUGAGAGGGAGGGAGGAGGAGGGUGAAAACACACCUCCAGGGUUGGAGUGAGAUAAUCUGUUUGUCUUCUUCUUCUUCUCACUUUGAAGGGUGGAGGGGGGCGGAUCCAGAUGUUGCUCAACCAUCUCAAGAAAGACCUCCUCCCUCCCCGGUGGCCCGCCUGAAUUCAAACCUCCACUCUCAGUCCUCUCUGUUUCACCCUCUUCUUAACCUCGGCCCGUUUCCACGGUUACCGGACUCUGUUAACUGGAGGGCGGCGCAGACUCGUGGUCUCUCAUGGCACUGGAUCUCUGCCAAGAACCAGCCCUAAUAAUGUGAUCCUGUUACAGCGAGAACCGCACACCCAGGCCUGUGUGUGUGUGUGUGUACGUGUGUGUACGUGUGUGUGUGUGUGUGUGUGUGGAUGCCAGGAUCCCUCUCAGCCUGUGAACAGAUCAGAGCGUGAAGAGGAAGUUAUUACAGAUGAGGAGCGACUUCACGGCCGUCAUAACGGUCAGAAAACUGAAGUGACGUUAAAUUUCAGAUUUCAUGUCAGAGAUACUGAGUCAGAACAAACGCUGAUUUUUAAUGUUUAAGAUAAACACAGAGGAUAAAACAGUUUAAACCUCCUGUAAAUAGUUAUUUUUAACACUGAUUAAAUGGAAAUAAGUACAUAUUAAAACCUUUUAGAGCUUCAGCGUUAAGAUUGACCAUAUUUAUACUGUAACUGAGGGGGAGGAGUCAGUGAACCAGCUGAAGAAACAAACAGUUGUUACAUCUUACUCAUGAGAUAUUCACAAUUACACGAGAAACACUUGUGCAAUCUAAUCCAACACCUCAGUUACAGCAUGAAGUAAAGUAAACAACAAAAAAACGUAAAACUUAGAGGUUUUCUAAAAGUAAAAAUCGAUGGUGGUGCUGUGGUGUUAUUGGACAGGACGGGUGGAUAAAGUGUUCCUAAUAUUCUGGCUGAUGGACGUUUACCUCCUGUCCCUAAAUUUGACUCUAAAGCAUCUGAAUAAUCUGUAAAAACCUCCUCAAAUACCUCCUCAUGUGCACCUGCUCCCUAUUUUCACAGGUGGAGUCAUGCUGCUUUAAUAACGUCUCUAUUUAGAGGCAGGCUGACCUUUCGGACGCCCCCGAGUGUCUCCUGUUUCUCUCUACUUUUAACUGUUGCCAUGGUGACGGAGGGACAAUGUGUGUGUGCGCGUGUGUGUGUGUGUUUGUACCUGCAUGUUAGCUAACGCCGUUUGUUUCUUCUUGGGUCUCGAACACUGACUAAAUAAAGGCGGUUAGAGGACAGUGUGUGUGUGUGUGUGUGUGUGUGUGUGUGUGUGUGUGUGUGUGUGUGUGUGUGUGUGUGUUGACUUAUCUGUAAAUGUGUUUGCAGAGCACUUAGAAGGAAGUCGCUCUGGAAGUUGUUUUUAGUUAAUAAGUUUUAAAAAGAGUUUUAACUUCCCGUAAAUUUGGAUGAUUCUGUCUGAAGGCUUUGGCAUUCUUCUGUAGGCCAACCCCGAUGAUAUUGGGAUUAUAUAAGUUGAUAUUUUAGUAGAAUAAACCCAAAAUAUUAGGUUGGCAGACAAUACAUCAAAAGAUGAUAAGUAAUGAAUUGUAAAAUUGAUAAAAUCUAGAUUAAUGUCUAAAUAUGUGACUGUGGGCAUGUUUUUAUUUUUAAUAUAAAUUUUAAAUUCUUGAAAGGAAGUGGGCUGAGUCCCAAGAACAGAACACUUUUUUCACAAAGUUAAAAGACUUUUUAAUUUGAUUUGAUAAUAAUUAGGACUGUGGUCACUUAUUUAUUAACUUGUUCAUUAAAUUAAAUUUCUGGGCCCAGAAAGAGAUGUGGAACAGCGGUUAAAAACAGGGUCGUGGAUCCGUCACGGCUGUAGAUCUGCCUUGCUUUCCGGCUCUGCAGACACGUACUAUUGGCCAAACCGCGGGAUAUCAAAAUCCACCCGGAUACAGCAAUGCUACUUUUUGAUUGGCUGUUCGGUAGAUAUACUUUAUUUGAUUGGCUUACGUGUGGCACGCAGCUUCUGAACUCUGGGGGGAACUCACUUGAUUCCUACCUGUUCCAUUGUUAGAGAGGUGCAACUUGGUGGACAUCACCGUGUUCAUCUAAAUGUGUGAGAAAUACAGUGUAUGGCGUGUGAGCGAGUGGAAAUGCGUGAGACUUGAGAGCCCUGAUGUUUCGAGUGGGCGAGCUGCCUGAAGCAAGAUGGCCGCCAUGCGCAGACGGCGGUCUCCAUUAGCUAACAGAGUGCGUAAGCCAUCUAGCGAUUGUAAAUAUAUGUAUCUAUGGUCGUCGACUUCCUCUUCCUCUUCCUCUUCCAGUAAACAAACAAACAAACAAACGCUGACCUCCAACAGGACAGGAGGAGCAGCUCCAUCUUUAUCUGCGUCUCCUUCUCCUCAGGCAGGAAUGUUAACGGCGUCUUUGUAAUGGCGGAUGUUUUCCCGCCUGAUUGACGGGCCGAAUGGCGGCUCUGGAAGAAGCUUUAGCGUAAAUUUAGAGACGAGGAUGUUAAAAAAGAAAGAGAGAGAGCUUUAGUGUUAGCUCAGAGAGAGGAUGUUAAAACAGAAAGAGGAGCUUUUCAACUGAAGCAGCUCGGAGGUUAAAUGAGUUCAAUUGGUGCUUGUUCUAUUAAGCGGUUUAUGUAACAUCUCUGUUCGUGCUCCUGCUGCCAAUUGGUUUGUUUGUGGCAAGUAAACACGGUAACUAUCAAGCUAAUAACAUGUUACCGGAAAUCCAGCACGUCUGAACUGCUCCAUGAUAAUAUCUGUGCAGGUGUAAUGUCAGAUGAUAAUAGAGAGAUGAUCUGACCAUCUGCAGAGUAUCUGUGAAGACUGGGUCCAUUUUAAUAAAGCAGGUAUGUUCUCUGUGUAAAGAACAGUAAUAAUUCAGGCUUUAAAGAUGAUCCUAGUCUGCAGGUAUUUUUCAAUAUCAAACUCUGGGGUUUCACCCGCGGGCUGAUGCUAACAGCUACAGAGGCUAAACCUUAGCUUUACUCUCUGGGUCGUCCUGGUAUUUGACCCCCGGAGGCUCUUCUGGAUGUAUCUGUGAUCUGUUAGGACUUGCUCAUAUGCAGCACCAACAAAUCUCCAUGGAAACCCUGCAUCGCUGAACUAAACAGACCACCUGAGUCUGCAGCUCACCUGCAGGAUUUACACAGAACAGCUGAGACCGUUUUAUUGUGCUGUUUUUAUCCAGGUUUGUCCUUUUCUUUAUAGAGUCUGUGAUAAAACAGAGAAGACACUGAAAUGAAUGAGAGUUUAAAAGCACACUAAAAUAUCACUUCCUGUUUCAGUGUAAACAAACAUGUCGUUCAUAUGUUCAGUGACACUCAGAGUAACAGCUGAUCUUUCUGUCUUUAGGUUAUCUGUCCAAAGUGCUGAGGAAUUACACCGAGCAGGCCUGUGACGGAGACUUCCUGUCAGUUCGCUGCCCGCCCCGCACCACCAUCACCGUCCAAUCAGCUUUCUACGGGAGGAAAGGAGCCUCAGACCCGCAGCAGUGUCCGCAGACCUACCAGGCUCUCCUCAGAUCUUAUAACGCCCAGGAGGAUGACCGGUACUGCUCCGUGUCUACAGCGCUGCAGGUAAAAAACCAGAGUCCACUCUUUGGGUUUCUUGUUUUCUGUGUCAGAUUCAGAUCUGAGUUUCUCUGGCACACGUCCCUCUGUCUGGACCCGCUCCAGACUCAGAGACACCCCCGGUUUUAGGCUUUAGACCCUCUAGAGAAAAGGAGUCCUGUAAAAUGUUCAAAUUGGCCGAGGGGUUAUAUGGAGGAGCACUGAUUAUGUAACGCUUUGUGAGGAUGUUUUCCGGCAAAUUACACUCUCUAAAGAGGAAGCCGGCUCGUAUGUUCCCCCGACACAAAGCGAUUUCAUGGGGUCUUUGCCUUUGCAUCCUCUCCUAAAUUGGGAUGCGGCUGGUCCCGAGCCCCCCACCCCCCCACCCCCACUCUGCAGCACCAAUACAAACACUCACAAACACUUCCUGUUCAGCAUUCACUGGGCUGUGGGGUUUAUUCUUAGCCAGUCUGCCUUCUAAUGUCGAACGCUCAGACACAGAGAGAGCUUUGUGCUGAAGUGAGAGAAUGACCGAGCCACACACAUCAGUUACAACCCUGAGGAAUCUCAGUGCCACCUGUCCGUGACCUUUGACCUGUUGGUGCUACAGCAUGUGGACCUCCCUGUAUGAAAACAUUCAGGGUGAGCGGUUCAGACAAAAAAGGUCAUUUUGAAGAUUAAUUGAUUAUUUCUCCUGAUUGACCCUCACAGGACUGAUCUGAUUUUGUAAACACAGUUUUCUCCUCACAAAUCAACAGCUCAGAGAGUCUAAAAAGUCACUGACUGGUGCUUUAAUCUCAAAUCUGUUAACAUGUGCAGAAGAUCAGCUGUUUUCUGAAAUCUGAGUCUUUGCACCGAUGAGAUAAAACGUGUGACUGGAUCAUGAUACUCAGAAUCAUAUCAGCAUUAACGACCCUCAGUCCGCACAGAUGGAGGGACUGUCGCCAUGGUUACGUACCUGUCCGGGUCACUAAACCUUUACGGAGAGCUUGUGGAAGGUUCACGGUGCGAACAGGUCCUCUCUCGGAGCACAGCGCCUCGUUGUUUUAAAGACCGGUCAGAUUAACAGAAACGUAAACGAAGAAAAACUCUGAGAAGAUUAUUGAAAUUCUCUUCAUCCAAAUUAGAACCUGAGGAUUUUCUGUAACUCGUUAGUUAAACGGUCGAUAGUUUCACUGAUCCAUUUAAUCCUUACAUUGUAAAUCUGUUUGCAGCAUUAAAAGACUUUUAAUAGAUUCUCAGCGCUGAGCCUGAUUGGCUGUGAGGUUUGUCCGUUUCUCUGUCACGCCACAAGACACCCUGCUUACCUUUUAAAUGAAGAUAUGGAUGUGUGGUAAAUAAAGAAAAUUACUUAAAGACUUUUUCUUCACCUGGAUCAGAGAAACGACAGCAUCUUUAAUAAUCAGGAAAACCAUCUUCUUAAAGCUGGAGCUCCUGACGCUCACACAGACUCUGGUUCCUCGGUUUUCUCUCGGUUUGGACCUGGAGGUGUCAGAGGGUUUACUCUGUGAUGUUUAUUUCUGCAGCGUUUAAAGACAUCCCGCUCCUCCAAAGUUAAACUCAGUAAAAGCUCUGAACUGAAUCUGCUCCGUCAUUCCUGAGGAGGAAUGUGCUCACCUGUCCUGAUGAAACCAGAGAAGCAGAAGGACGCCAGGAAGAGAGCGGAGGAGCUUUACAGAGAUUUCUUUCUGCUCCUCUUUUAUUUCUCUUACCUGCCUCUCUGUGCCGGACUCCCAGGGCCAUAAGCAGGCCUGUUUGAAGUGGUUUUAGGUUUUCCUGCUGCUGGUCUCUCCGUCCUGGCUGUAUUGUUCUCCGUCUAACCCUCACUUUGGUCCUCUCCUCUCUCUCUCUCUUUAGAAAAUGCUGGACGAGUGCCAGGACAGAAGGAGCUGUCAGGUCCUCGUCAACAGCCGCGUGUUUGGGACGGACCAGUGUCCCGGCAGCAGUAAAUACCUCAUUGUGUGGUACAAGUGCAGACCCAGUAAGUCCCUCAGAACGUGCUGACUGUGACACACACACACACACACACACACACACACACACAUCUCUGUCCUGAGUUUAUCUAUUCUCUCUCUUUUUCUCACACACCUUUUCUUUUAAUGAACACCUGAGGACUUACAGAGCUCUGAGUAGAGUUGUUUUUAGCAGCCUUUUAGUUUUUAUUAGUUUUAGUCACAUUCAGACUCUUUUUUUUUUUGUCAAGUUUUGGUCGACUAAAACUCUGAGUAUUUAAUCUAGUUUAAGUCAGAAUAACCCAUGACUGUUUUAGUCUUUUUUAGUCCAGUUCUAGUCAAUAGUUUUACUGUGAAAGACAUAAAGUCUUAUUAAAACACAAGUAGUCGUAAACUAAGCAGGGAGGCAUGUUAAUGCUAAUACCAUUUGUUUAAAUGUAGUGUAUGGGUCUAGAAUAAUGGAUGCUGGACAGUGUCAAAUAGAAAGUGCCGUUACAUCAAUGUCUUAACUUACCUCGAGUUCAUCAUUAAAGAGAGCUUCAGAUGUCUUCUUAGAUUCAUGGUGUUUUUCCUGCUUAUUUUACAGUUGCAUUUCUCCUUUUUUUUUCCACAACACAUUCCAUUUUGUUUUCCAUUUGUUUGUAAUUGAAGUUUGUCCAGAUAUCAUUUCUUAUUUUUCUCCCUGACAACCUCGCCAUGACUCCAACUCACCCAAAAACGUCUGAAAAUGCCGCGAGUUAGGGGGUUGAGGAUGUGACGUCGCCUGCAUCUGAGCAGGGCGACGCACAGCUGAGGAAACGGAAAAUAAAAACAGCGUACCUGAAGAAUUUUAUCUCGUUUUAGUCAAGGAAAAUGAAGAGACAUUUUAUUUUGUGAACCACAUUUGGUCUCCUUCCUAUUAGUCAACAAUAUUGCAUUAUAUAUUUAUUAGUUGUAGUUAUCGUCACAAGAGCACCAUUUAAAUUUCGUCUCGUUUUCGUCACGUGAUAAAGGUUUGUUGAUGACGAUAUUUCGUCAUAGUUUUCAUGAUGAAAGCAGCACUAGCUCUGAGGUCAACGCUGUCUGAGUUAAUAUUAACACUUAUUUACACCGUCUGUUUUUCCUGCUUCAUCUGUGAGAAUAAAAAAAUCGUCCUUCUUCCUCCUCCUCCUCUUCCUCCUCCUCCUCCUCGUCUCUGCGUGAGUCAGGAAGUUAAGAGUAUCACUCCAGAGGGGGGGCCUCAGCAGAGCAGUAAUCCCGCCUAGAUUCUGGCCUCCAUUCACGGCUCAGUGCUGAGCCGGGCUGAGCCGUGCGGCGGUUCACAGCGGAGUGACCAGGAGUGGGCAUUAAUCCACUGAUCCCCCUGCCCUCCCCGAUUUCUCUUUCUCCAGCGGACCCCGGGGCCAAUCAACAGCUCUUUGUUCGCUGUCACUUAACCAAUGACUUCUCAGGAGAGGAGAGAAAGGCGGCGGCGGCGGUGGCGUGGGUGUUAGUGAGGUGGAUCGGGCAGGUGUCAGUGCCUCUGAAAGGAGAGGUGGAUGGAGGAGCGAGGAGUGGAACAGAGAAGGAGGGGCGGCUCCUCUCCUGUUCCUCACAUUCCUCCUCCCCACCUCCUCGCUGAAGGAAGGAAGGAGCGGCUGUUUUGAUUCGCUGGUCAGUGGAGCUGCUCCGACUGUCACAGGUCACUGUGGAGAGGAAUGUCUCUGCAUGGCUCUACAUGUCCGCCCAGAUCCUCCACCUCUGCUUCUGCAGGUUUACUCUCACUGAGGCCUUCUGUCAGACCUCUGGGUUCUGGACUGUAGAGGUCUGAUCAAAAACUGGACCUGGUUUCUGCUCCGGCUAACGUUCAGUUUAGAGUCGAGUUUAAUUCUCUUUUAAUUCUGACUUUAUUAAAUCAAACUGUUUUUAUUUGUUCGUCUGUGUUUCUUUGUCCGUUUGUGGUCAUGUGACCUGUCCUCUCUUCUUCUUCUUCUUCUUCUCCAGAUGAGUAUAAGAGUAAAGUCGUCUGCGAGGAGGAGAGGAUGAGGCUGAGCUGCAAACGGGGGAUGCAGAUCGCCGUUUACUCCGCCAUGUUUGGACGAACACAGAGAGGCACUCUGGAGUGUCCGCUCUACCACCGGAGGGCGCCGUCAGUAGGUGAGUCAGCUUCUCACUCAUUUACAUUUACUGUGUGUGUGUGUGUGGGGGGGGUGCUGUAACAGGCAGAAACCUCGAACAGAACCAGACUCAUGUGGUCUCUUCAUCCCGGUGUCUGACUCUUUAUUUGCUGCAGAUCUUCUUAAUGUUUUAUCCUGAUUUCAUCUUUUUAUCACGUGGACUUUUCUGAACAUUUUCAGAUUGUCAUGAAUAAAAAAGUCUCUGAGGACAGAAAGACAGUCGAGUGUUUGAAGAGGCCUUAUCAGCCUUAUACCUACAUUCACUCGGCUUUCUGAGUAGAAAUGAGCAGCUACGCUUCCGGCUGGGAAGGUUGAAUUGCGUACACGCUGUCCUGGUUUAAACGAGUUAAACACAACUGGACAAAAAUGAGUUUACACACAUCUGUUGAGGUUUGAGAUCGUUAAAUCAGACUAAAUACUAAGGUGCUGCUGUUAGUGCAGCUCACUGAGAGAGGUGAUGGCACCCUGAACCCUCACAUGGCCGGUUCAUGUUCCUCAGGGCUCUGCAGCCAUGAUGGCUCUGACCACAUUUAUAACAUACAGUUCUGAGGUCAGUAUGAGGAGAAGAGGAUGCAAAGUCUGGAUUUGCAUGACCUGAACCUGAGUCUGUUUUUACAUAUUCAUGAUGAUGAUUUCUGGUUUGGAUAAAACCUUCUCCUGCUGAUCGUUGAUUGGUUUCCAACAUCGACACGCUGGCGCCCGUAAACUUUAAACGCCUCAUAAUUAGAUCUGCUGUAUUUACCUCCUCCUGUUCCUGAGUGACGUCGCCCUGAGACACUCGUGUGGUUUCUUCUCCACCGUGAUAAUAACUGAUUCAUAAUUAACCUUCAUGAUGACAUCUCAGCGUUUGGUCUUUCUGCAGCGUGGCAGGAGAGCAUGCAGAGGUGUGUGUAAACCUGACUGACAAACACACACACACACACACACACACACAUACACACGCACACACACACUGCCAGGGGAAUUGGGCUGGAAUGCAGAUCAGGUGUCUGCGUCUCCAAAGGGAAGACUUUGGCCUGAGAAAAGGGACCAGAUUGAGUUUCCUGUGAGUGUGUGUGUGUGUGUGUUUGUGUGUUUGUGCAUGUGUAAGUGUGUUUCCGGGUAUCCAGGUGUACCCUCGACCCUGUUUGUGGGAAUGGCUGUAAUCUGGAUCCAAACACAGUGACUGUAGUUCAGUCGGAGAGGCUUUAAUCUGGAGUUAAAGAUGAACUCUGGAUUAAAUCUAAUCUCACUGUUUCAUAGGUUUAUAUAAUCCGUCUGUUUGUUUGUGUGUGAGCGUGACUGAAAGAGUGACAGGACGGCUGAACAGGCGUCACUCAUCAGGUAAUUAGAGACACCUUUACAGACAGGUAUUGUGUGUCUGAGUGUGUGUCUGUGUGUGUGUUAUUGUGUUUCGAGGAGCUCUCAGGUCCAGGACUUUGAAGCCGGUCCUCUCCUCAGCAGGUGGACCAGGAAUGUGCGACAGCGAAGGUGCAGAGUGAGAUCUGGUUUCACAGUCCGGAUUAAAUACAGUAGCCGAGUCCUCCGUGAAGACCCGGUUCUUCUGUGUCAGCCGGACAAAAGGCAGAUUAGAGCGAGGAGCAGGAGCGCCAUCACACAUUUACAGCAGCUCUGCACCUGUUUGUUAUUACACACCUUUAUUCAUGUCACACACACACACACACACACACACACACUAACUCCUCCUCAGGCUCUCCUCGGUCUGACGGCGGUUGUCGGGGUUUCCCCUUCAGCUCCUCGCUCUUUCAUGUGGCUCUGAUGUCGCAGGGACAGGAAGUGAGGGUGUCCUGAGUGACAGCUCAGACGCACACCGUUCAUUAUUGUGUGUGUUAGUGUGUGUGUGUGAGUGUGUGUGUGUGUGUGUGUGUGUGUCUUGUCGCAGUAAUCCCAGGCUUGUCUGUAGCUUUACUGGCAGGUUUGUUCGGUUCAGUUCUGGUAAUCUCCUAAACCACACGGUCCUGGCAAACUCAGAGCAGCUCAGAGGUCUGACAGUCGGCUUCACCUGCUCAGGUGAACGAGGACAGAAAUGAAGUCACUGAGAAUAACGGAGAAACUGUUCAAGUUUCCUUUUGUCCACAUCUUAUAUUUCAGUUUUAUCUCCAGACGAAGUUUUUAACAGAGUAUGCCAAAGUUUCAGGGAGAGCUCAGAAAGUUUUGGAUUCAUUUAAAAGAGGAUGUUGUAUCGUCCAUGUUAAAAACUCAAAACUGAUGGAUUAUUUUAAUAAUCAAAUCUGAAAUCAACUUAAAACAAAACUUUAUGUGUAAAGAAUCAAACAGCUGAAGGGUUAGUUUUCCUGACAGUUUCAUCAGUUCAGAUCUUUCCACAAACCCGCUGUGAUGUUUUAAAGUCUCUCUCCUGUCAUGUGGAGCAGUCUGUGAGUCCAGACUACAUGGACAGGCACGAAUCUAAGACCUCUUUGAUCUGGUCUGAGUCUUGGUUUUGGGGUGGGGUCCGGGUUGGACAGGUCUUGGCGGCAUUGGUGUCCUCAAAGCGAAAGGAGGCGUGUCCCAGCCCUCCUCUCUCAUCUGCCCAAUUACCAUCACACACACCUCCUGACAUCUAAAUAGCCCCUCAUGUUCGGCACGCAGGGUCUCAGACGGCGUUUUUUCCUGACCCAUGUGCUCUUAGUCCAGACCGGGCCUGAAGUGGUCUCACAUGAUCCCUGCAGCUUUAUAAAGCCCAGCAUGCACAGCUGCAGCUCAAAUAUAACGCCUGCCUGUUCCAGUUGUUGGGGUGUGAGCUUCUUCACUGUAACUGGAUCUGAGUUUCUCCGGCAGCAGAUCAGAUCGAGUCAAAGUUUCAGGGUGGUAAAAGUUCAUCCUGAAAGAGACGCUGGUCCAGAUUCCUUCUUGAAAACCUCUUUUCAUUAGAACUUUUCUAACAGUUGAAUCUGAAUAUUUAGAAACUGACCCUCUGACAGGAUGGCAGGUUUGUCUGCAGAUGUGACGUUUCAGUGUUCAUAAAUUUAGUCAAAUAUAGGCCUGUCGCGAUAAUCAAUAAAUCGCCUUAUCGCUCGGUAAAUAAAAACGAGGUCGGUCAUUUUGCCAGCCUCGAUAAUUGACGUGCGUUUGUUUUCCUCCUCUCUCGCUACCAAACACGCUGGAUGAGAGAAGAGGUCUCACUCUGCGCAUUUUUCUCGGCACCUGGGGGCGUUGGCUCUAUAGCGGAAUGAACGGAGUUAGUGAACCCUCCUGUCAGUCAUUCAGUAUCUUUGUUACGAGGGGGCUGGCGCGCACAGGCACACAGACACAGACUUUUUGGAUACAGUGCUGCAAGUGAGCGUCGUGAGUGAAAAGCAAGCUAACAGAAUGAACAUGACAGCUUUGGUGUCUAAACCGAACGCAACAGCCCAAGUGUGGGAAUAUUUCGGCUUUAAACCAGUUUUGUUUUCGUCAACCACAAAACUCCACGUGUGUGUGCGCGCGUGUGUCUGUGUGUUGGAGGAGCACAGCAGGCUGAUGAGAGCUGUCAGAGCGGACUGAAGCUGCUCCUGUAUGUUUAGAGUUUAACUGACUGAGUUUUGCAACUCUGUUCGUCAUUUUCGUCUCGUCCCAUCAACGUAAACGCACUUUCGUCUCGUCACAUUUUAGUCAUCUCCGAUUUAUGUUUAGCUCGUCAACGUUACGUCUUCGUCGUGGGUGAAAUUAAAGUUUAUCACUUUUGACACGGUGCACUCGCAUUAUUAUGCCAUUUGAUAUCAUUAUCUAUAAUUUAAAAAACGGUGUCAAUAAUAUCGUUUAUUGGCGAUAAUUUGUAGCACAAUUAUCGUCCAGCAAAAUUUGUUAUCGUGACAGGCCUAGUCAAAUAUCACAUGUAUGUGGUCGACUUAGUGGUUAUUGAGUCUGUUUGACUGAAGAAUGAAGCGGCCCUCACUUUUAAACUCAGUAGUUGUUUUUGUCGGCGUGUUCGUCAGUGAAAGUCUCUCCGUUUGUGUUUUUUUUGACUCUCUUAAAUCCGUCCCCGUCGAUCACUGCAGGUACUUGUCGGCGUGUGCAGGUUUAUUCACCUGAGAGUCACAGUUUUUUUUCAUACACAAAGAUCUCUAAUCCUCUGACAAAGACCUCAGCCUCCCUCGGAAAUGAAACUCGGCCCCGUGAGUCAGAGCUGAAGUAGAGAGACGAGGAUCCUUUCAUGAGUCUGUCCGAGCAUUGUCCUGGGAAUUCUGGGAAAGGUGUGUGCGUGGGCGGAAUACCUGGAGGAUUGUUCUGGAUUUUCUGGGAAAGCUUGUCAGAGGUGUACUGUAUCUGCCCGAGUGUGUGUGUGUGUGUGUGCUCACUCUUUAUUUGACAGUCCACCAUGACACUCUGUUAAAAAUACGGGCUCUGGGACACGUGAAUCUUGACAAACACGCCAUCAGGCAGCUUUUCAGCGGUCUCACGUGUCCGUUUCUCAGCGUCACGUCAGAGUCAGAGUCACUCCCUGAAGCUGAUGAAGAAAGUCGGAGUUAUGAGUGACGGGAGAGAUGGAGCUGAGCAUCAACGCCAAGAUCCUGCUGGUCCUGGUCUAAGAGGCUGCAGCUUCUACAAAACAAAAAAUAUCUCAUCCAGGACGGACAGCUCCCAUUGGUCAAUGUUUUUGCAGCCCUGAACAGAUUUUUUCCGAUCUUUUUUCUCGUCACUUUGUAAAGAUCGCACUUUAGGACCAUGAUCGCCAUAGAAACAAGGUUCAUAAUAAUUACCGAUCUCUACAGUCAUCAACCAUGACUUUAAAUCUCUGUUUUCAACUUUAUUCUGUCGUCAGUCAGGAGUGAACAUCCGUGUGUGUGUGUGUGUGUGUGUGUGUGUGUGUGUGUGUGUGUGUGUGUGUGUGUGUGUGUGUGUGUGUGUGUGUGUGUGUGUGUGUGUGUGAUGUGAGUCAGAGGGGGACCGUCUGAAUCCGAUCUUUAAAGAUGGUGUCUGUCUUUGUGUGUCUCCAUCGUCUCCCCCUGUCGCUGAAAUCCCCCCGGACCCCUCCCAUCAUGGGGCCCCUCCCAUCAUGGGGCCCCUCAGCUAAUCACCCCGUCAGGGAAUCAAAGCUGCAGCUAAUAGUCUGUCUGUCAGUGGACCCCUUCACCUGGUUAGACAGGAACGUUGUCCCUCUGGGGUUCGAAGAGGACAGGAGGGGAAUCUGAUCAGAUCUCAGACCGACACGAGGACCGACUGUAGUCUCACUCAGACCAGGACCAGGACCAGGUUUUCACCCUGUAGGUACAGAUAAGAAGGACAUCGUCAUGGUCCGUCUCUGUUCAUGAUGACUGGACACCCCCCCAACAUCCUGUCUAAGACUCUGACCUUUGACCUGAGUCCAUCAUUUGUUGUGGCCUGUUGACGUGUGAGCCGCCUGUUACCUCUCCUCACCGUUCUUGUCUCUCUGUUUUUGGGGGCCCACCAGGGCAGACCCUGAUAGACCUCGGUGUCCGGUUUCAGAGUCCUCUCCUUGUUUUUGAGGGUUUGAUGGGCAGUCUGGGUCAAAGAGGAACCCAGGUGGAACUCAGGUCCAUCCUCGUUCCCACAACACUGACAGGAAGUUCCUACCUCUUCAUCAGAGCUCCAGAGUCUGGUUUUUGUUGGACCUGCUGCAGGUUUUUGUUGGUUUUUAGAAUCUAAAGAUGUUCUGAGUUUGUAGAUCUCAAACCCUGAAGAUCGCAGACAUUAGAUUAAGUCAUUUUGUGCCACCAGGAACCCAGUGAACCGGCCCCUGCAACCACAAGUGACCACCGCUCCCAGUGCCGAGGGAUCCCUCAGAGGAAACACUGGGGCUCUUAAAAAUGAUAAAAACAAGUAAAAACUAAAAUAUGAAUAAAACACAGACCUAAAAUACACCGAGGCUAACAAGAAUAAAUGAAGAUAAAACAAAUACAUAUCAAUUAAAAGUUUCCUUCCUUUUAAUCUGGCCUUUUAACUGUUUUUGUUUUUAUGUUCAGAAUGCUUUUGUGUGUUUCAUGAAUAUUUUGUUCACUGUCAGCAAUACUAUAAAACUUUUUCUGUUUUGUUGUAUUGUAAACAGUAUUUCUCCUGUACCUCCUGUAGUAAACAGUAAAGGAAAAACACAGAUCUGCUUUUUACUGGAAUGCUUUUAAAUUUGAACAUCUCAGGUGGACACAAAGUUCCCAACCAAGAAGAAAUUUCAUGUUUUACCUGUAAAUACGUGUAAAACUGAAACAUUAAAGUCUGUAGUUUUUAUAACGUCAGUAAUAGUCAGUAUUUUGAAAGCUGGUGUAUUUUGAGUGACUGAAUGUACACAAUAGUUUCAUUUAGAGUCAGAUUUCCAGUGUUUCGUUAAAGUUAGUGUGUGCAGAGAAAGAUGUUUUAUUUUGAAAUAAAUAGUAAAUAUUUAACAAAAUGUGUUUUUGAGAAGAAAAUGAUCCAUUUGGCCGAUUGUGUUUUGUAGGUGUGAGUCUGAGUUCAGAGUUUAGAAAAAGUCUCUGCAGUUUGGGAAAGAGCUUGUUAGCGACUGAAAAAACUGUAUUAAUCUGAGUUUUGAUAAAAUAAAUGAAGUAUGAUAAAUAAAAAGUUUUGAGUCCACGUCAGUCCGGAUCUCUAAGUUCUCCUCUCUGUCUGUUUUCGGGUCAGACUGCCAGUCCUCGGAGGCUCUGCGGGUCCUGACCGCUCGCUGCCAGGGAAAGAAGAGCUGUCUGGUCCGGGCCUCCACCAGAGAGUUCGGGGACCCGUGUUACUCCGGGACCAGGAAGUACCUGAGUGUUAUUUACACCUGUGGUGAGUCUGACACCUUUACUACCUUUUUUCACCAGCAGAGGGCGAUGUUUGCUCAGGGUUCACACUCAGUUACAGCUUUACUGGGACAGUUUGAGGUUCUGCUGGAUCUCCAUGAGCUGGUCUGGACUUUGAGGAGGAUAAAGCUGCGAGAGUUUCUCAUUUACACCUCUGUGAUAUUAACUUUAAAUAAAAACGACUUUAUUUUUUAAUCUUAUUUUAUUUUUCUCGUUGGAGAGAGUCCAACAGGAAGUUAAAAGUUCAGGAAGAACCACUUUGUUUUCUGUGUUCUGGUUUUUGUCUGUGAGGAUGAGGGUUCAGGACGGUCUUCCUCUGUCUCUGGUCCACACCCCUGAGCUAAUGAUCACCUGUCAGGAGUGUCAUUUAUUACCACACACACAAACACACACACACACACACACACACACACACACUAAACAGACACCUUAAGCAGCAGAAAUCAAUCAAUCAUCACCUUCAUCAUCUGAACCCGCCCAAAUCCAGCAGGCACAUCCUGAUCCAGAACCCAGAGGUGGAAGGUUCUGGUGUUUUAAUGUGAUUACAUAAGAGGGACUGAGAUCGAGGUCUUCAGGUGGAGACUCCUCCGCCCUCUUUGUCUCCUGACUGCUGUCCGUUUGUCAGACGGCCGUCCGCUCCUUAUCUCAGCGUCAGACCGCUCUCGGACCGCUCAGCUGUGUUUGUGGGUCGUUCAGCGCUGACCCUCCUUAUCUGACCCUGAUAACACACACACACUCCCCCGACAGCUCUGGUGCUGCUCAGGAAAUCUGUGAGAUGGUGGGACGGCGUUAAUGUCCGACAGAUAGACAGAAACACGCCGUGAGGUGGGUGAGGGGUGAGGGGUGGUCUGUUCCGGGUUGUGGCGGGUUAGAUGAGUCUGGUCUCUGCAGACAUGAAGUCAGUGGUCGCUCCGGGCUCCAGCUAAGUGCUGGUUUUGGGAGGAUCCUCUUUCAUUGGUGGAUGUAGAGCGAGUGUUUGACCCUGUUUGAGUCGGUGCAGGGGUUCGACAUGAUGGGUGGUUUUCCUGUACAUGAGUGACAUCAUAACAUUAACCCCGCCUUCUUUAUCUUUUACUCACUUAUUGAUCAUUUUUAAAAGUCUGAGGUUGAUUUGAUUGAUCGAUAUAAAUUAAAUGUGAUUGAUUAGAAAAAGAAUUAUUGAACAAUCUUCACGAGAAUGAAUUUCUUUAAUAAAAAUUUAUAUCUUUUAGUUUGAAAAGUGAGUUUUUAUGCAAAUAUAUACGUGUGUGUGUGUGUGUGUCUGUGUGUGUGUGUGUGUGUAAUGAGGAACAUUCCCUGCCGCCUGAAGGAGGUGUGAACCCUCUUAAACCUUUACUAUCCCAUCAUGACCUCGGUGCUUUUUUAGGUGUUUCUGCAGCCAAGAACCAAAUGUUAUCAAAUGUUUACGUGUGCAUGUUGAGCACGUGUGUGUGUGUGUGUGUGUGUGUGUGUGCACGUGUGUGUGUGUGUGUACGUCUGUGUGUGUGUGAGUGAAUGUUUGACUCGUACUCUCUGUGAUUUAUGAAGCCGUCAUCAUCUCGGGGAGCGCCGGCGUCUUCCUCCUCACACAGCCCCGGGUCAGACUCGCUCUUUAGCGCUAACACAGCGGUAAAUGGGCCGGAACCUUCCAUCAGUCAGAAGAUCGCACAUGCUCAGUACAGCCUCGACUGUCAGGGCUCAUUUACAUCCGCCCUCCUCUGGAGAAGAUCUCUGUGUUUAGAGAAACGUCUCUAAUUUUAACGUCUGAAGAUCAUCCUGCAGAAAUCCUGUAAACGAUAAAAACUUUAAAACUCAGUUUUUCUCUCUGAACUGUAAGUGAAUCUGCUGGAACCAUUUUCUUCAGUAAAGCUCAGUCCUGGUCCGGCCCAUCUUCAUCUCUUUAUCGUUAUCGCUCCUUCAGUUGGUAAAAUCAUCUUCUUACUCUUUCUCCUCCUCCUUCUCCUCCUUCUCCUUCUCCUCCUGCUUCUUCUCCUGCUUCUUCUCCUUCUCCUCCUAACUGCCUUCCCAGGCUCUCCUCCCCCCCUUGAGAGUUUUCGUUGCGGUGUAAUGGAUCACCCUGAACCCCUCAGCCUUCAGGGGGAUCAAAGGUUCUGGAGACCCUAAUGAACCGGUCUAAUUUCUGGACAGGAAAUGGAUUAAUUGUGGCACUUAGCCCGUUAACGUAGGAUCUGGUUCUGGAGGAAAAGGGGGACCAUGAUCGGGUUUUGAUGGAAUAAGUAAGUCAGGCUUUCCCGACCCGAGGGACCAAAACCUCAAAAUGGAAACAAGAUCCUGAACAAACACUAAUGAAAGAAUAACGAGCCCUUUAUUAUGAUCCGGGAUUUGUUUUCAGACCGAGGUUCUGGUUCUGGUUCUGGUUCUGACUGAACCGUCAUGAUGAGUCAGAGGUAAACCUUAAAGAGGACCCUGACAGAGGUCAUUAAAGGUCGUUAGUUUAGUUUGAACCUGCUCAGUAACCAUCUAAAACCCUCAAACUGGAGUCUCCUCCACAGCAGACACUGACCCUGAAGGGGGCGUGGUCACCAGGCUGCGGCUGCUGCUGGUGUUUUUCAUGGACGCCAUCCGAGCGCUGGAGGCCCCGGCUGCCCACAUGUGGCUCAGUGGGCGGCAGAUUUAGACGUACUGAGGGAAAAUGGAGGAAGAUGGAGAUGUGAUUCACAGGAGCGCAGCGGGGUUCGAACCGCACACACAAACACACUCACACACUCGCAGACGUGCACGAGGAUACACUCGAACUGUGUGUGACCGCUGAGAGACACGCUUCCACGGUUAUGUCAUGUCAGCAGAAGAGACUGUGGGGGGUAGGGGGGUGUUUGUGUUGGUUUAGACCCAGGAGCUGAUCCUGGUCCCACCCCCCUCCUUAAAGCUCAUCCUAUAACUGCUCAGGACCAAUCAGACACUGACUCCGCCCUCAGGAGUGUUUGUGUCGUUCAUGAACGAUUCCUUCAAAAGAACUGCUGACUGAACGACGUGAACUGAAUCACUCUGAGACCUGAUUCGUUCCUUUCUCAGUUCAGUUGAGCUCAGCCGCGAGUCUGGCGUGCCGGUCGGGAGUGGAACUGUCGCCUUUGACUCUUUGGCGAACGACACACAGCCAACCAGCGAGGGAGUGGGUGGGCGGAGUCUCGUGAUUUGCUCGCAGAAAAUGAAGGACAUGAAUCAGACACGGGUUCUUAAGAUUCAGUAAAGUCAAAAGAACUGAUCUUCCAUCACUCGCCCUUAAACAAACACAGGUGGAUUAUGGGUAUUAUUUUUCAGGUUAUAAAAAAUAACACCUUCAUAAUUUCUCAUCCCGUCAUGUUUAAAAACACGUCUCUGAGAUAACUUCCUGUCUGAGUGACGUCCUCAGGUUGGCGUGUUGUGAUCAGUCAGAGGAAAAGAGGCGAGCUUCACCUCCUCGUACCUCUGCGCUGACGUCAGAGGACUCUAGUUGAAGGUGUGUCAGAACACGUCACGGACCCCCAGGUGGUCCCGGUGAGUCUGAUUUGACAGACAGGACUGAAGCGGUCCCUCUGAACGCUCCCCAGCCUCCGAACACAAACCUGACUCUGCAGAAACCUGUGAAAACACACCAGCUGGUACUCUCAGGAACACACGCCACGUGACCUCACCUGACCCAUGCCCAUAAAAGGCAGAGAGUCUCAUCCAACCGGAUCCCUGAGCGGUCCGCUCCAGGUUUCCUGAAGUUCGGUCGGUCAGACUCAAACUCUGGAGCGGCGGCAGGAAAAGUAACAUGGUGGGAGUUUUUUUGGCGGGAAUACUGCGUUACCAUGGUGAUUUGCUGAUCCAAAGGGUUGUUGUGGGUCUGUGCUGUGCCAGCAUGCUCAGUCAGCUGAUGUCUGCCCUCAUAAACUUCCAUCAUCUGGUCUCUGGUCCGUGAACACGCACACACACACACACACACACACACACACACACACACACACACACACACACACACACACACACACACACAGAAAAUAAAACACACCCUGUUUCUGCUGCUGCUGUGGAGGGAAACACACUGUCCCAGAAUACAGAUCCAGUUAAAUAGUCCGCCAUGAAGUAAGGUGUUCAGGUCUAGGCGUCCUCUGGUUCUGACCCGACACCUGUUCCACUCACAGACCCGUUUGUAGCUGAUGUGUGUUUUUUAGUCUCAGUCUGAUUUAGACCCUGAAAAACCUGUAUGAGUGCUGUACGAAUAAAGUUAUUAUUAUUAUUAUUAUUAUUAUUAUUAUUAUUAUUGUUGUUGUUGUUAUUAUUUAGCUAUUUAUUUAUUUAGCCAUUUAUUUUUUAAUUAAUUAAUUUUUUAUUUUAUUAUAUUUAUUUUAUUAUUAUUAUUAAUAAUUUUAUUUAUAUUUAUAUUUUAAUUUAUUUAUUUAUUAUUUUUAUUACUAUUCUAUUAUUACUAUUUUAAUCAAGAGUUUCUAUUUAAUUAUUUUUUAACAUUUUAUGAGAAAAAAAAUAUUUUUUUAUUUUUUAGCUUCUCAGCUGAUACAGACCCCCCCCCCCCCUCACUGCAGUUUCAUGCCAUAAAAAAUCACUAAUAUUUAUGCUGAUGGUCAUGUUUCCUUCUGGAUUUCAUCAAACAGCAUUAAUAAGAAUUUCAGCCUUUAACGUGAUCAUAAAAACUCCUGAUUGUAGCUUUAACAUCCUCAAACAUGUUGUUUUUCUUAGUGCGAUAGAGCAGAGACCUCUUUUUUCUGUCAUUAGUCCUUUAAUCGACUCUGUUAGUGUGUAAAGUUAUAAAGGUUAGUCGUAAGUUUGUCAGUAGAAACGAGCCGCUGAUCGUACGGUCAAUAUUCUCUUUUUUUUCUCCUCCAUGUCAGUCUGUUAACUUCAGCGUUUCAUCUCCUCCUCCUCCUCCUUCUUCUUCUCCUCUGUUUGUCUUCUGUCUCCUCUGUUCAUCAUUUCCGAGCGUGCAGACAGAGAUAGCCUGGAGGUCACAGCAGCUGACCGGCUGUCUGAGGAGGACUGUAGUGGUCUAACGUAGAUUCUGUUGUUAUGGAUCCUCCGCUCUUCAGACUUUUGAUCGUCUCUGUAAACAUGAGGAAACAGGGACAGAGGGAUGUGCUGAUACACAUAACAGAGGUGACCUCAGCAUGACGAGGAGGAGGAGGAGGAGACUGUUCAGGUUCUGAUGAACUCAUCCUGAACCUCUGAACUAUCUGAAGCACUUUGUUUGAAGAUAUUUACCCAGACUCAGAUAAACCCGGGUCCAACUGGAACUGAGAACUAUGAGGGACUAAAUCUGAUCCGUAUCUGAAGAGGGUUCAGACGGUCUCAUGACUCGGUGAUAAUCACUGUCUGUCCCUCAUGUUUGCCCUUUAGAGUCCACUCAUACCUGACCGGGCUCUGCUGCUCUUUAGUCCUGGUCUACAUAAGAAAAGGGGGCCUCUCUGAUGCUCUUUUUGGGGAUUUGUCACCCUGCCCCCCCUGAUCCAGAACCUCCAUGUCCCUGAAACCAGCCUGGAUCCUGUGAAGCUCUUUCCAGAGGAGGAAUGUUCGACUGUUUCACAAAAGCAGGAUAAUAGGGGGGAGAGAGAGAGAGAGAGAGAGAGAGAGAGACAGAGAGAGAGAGAGAGAGAGGAGUCAAGUUAGCAUGUUCACACACAAACACACAUGAACACACACAUGUACCAGUCCGUUUUACAGAGCAUGUACGAGCCCUGAACACACACACACACACACACACACACACACACACACACACACACACACACACACACACACACACAGAGUCCUGUGGUUUGUACUUGGCCCGGUUUCCAAACGGAGCGACUGCUGCUGCUUCUUUGUUGAGCUGAAAACUGCAGAACCAGCAAAGUCCUGGACCAGAACUCGCUGCCAGCUCGGUCUGUAGUCGUAAACUAUGUGCACCAGUGUCAGUCUGUGAAAACGGCGUGUUUGUGACGACCCGCUUGUUUUCUGUCGAUCGUAGAGUGAAUUGGGGGACGGUGGGGGACUAAUGCUUUCCAGUCUGUGGCUGGUUUCAGUUUUCCUGCUGUGGUGGAUGAAGACCGAAGGAGAGGAAGAAGUGUGUGUGUGUGUGUGUGUGUGUGUGUGUGUGUGUGUGUGUGUGUGUGUGUGUGUGUGUGUUUGGGGGUGGGAACCAAAAGCAGAAAUUCCCAGGACAUCUAAAGCUAGAAUUAUGGUUCUGUACGAUACAUUUAGAUGUUUUUUUGGAUCCACACAGAGAAGUGCAUUCUGGGUAACUAUAUGUCUCGGACUCGUCACGGCGCUCGGCUCCAGAAACGUCUGACUGUGUCUUUGUUUACAUUCCCACCUCAUGGUUAACAGCAGAGGCUCAGAGGAGGCGUGUCUUUAUUAUAAAAGGUCAAACAGACUUAAUUUAAACGUCUCAAUGAUCAGAAAUAACUGUGCGAAAUAAUACCUGACAAGAACCGGGACUUUUACACUUUAACUUGGUGUUAGAUUUAGAUUUAAACAAAGACAGAUAUUUCACUUUGUGUGUGAUGAAACUAGAAAACAUGGAAGUUUUACUUUCUGAGUUAAAUCACAAGAAAAAAAAUCAAACUUUUUCAGGACUUUAACUGAGUAUUCGCUUAAUUAACUUAAACAAAUGUAUGACAAAGACAAAUUCAUUCACAUCAUUUAUAAAUAAACUAACAAAGCUAACAACAGGGUCAGGUUCUGUGAAACCUGACAGUGAAGUUUUUCUGUUAAAGCUCCUAUCAGCGUGUUUUUCUGAGACAUAAAUUCAAAUACAUGUUUUUUCAUGAUUCCCAAAAAUACUACCUAAGUAUAGACAGCUUUGUCCACAGGGGGCGCCAAAAUAGACUCAAACUAAAAGUUCCUUACAGGAGCUUUAAAUCCAAUAACUGUCUAACUCUUCUGAAUAUUAACCGUUCCUACUCUUUGAUUCGUACCUCUGACCACUAAGAUAGAAUUCAUCCAACCCACUAACCCCCAAUUUUCACCACAUCCGGAACAGCAGCGAUUUUCCCCGUCCGCCAAUUUCUACCAGAUCCAUUUGUGAGGCGAAUAUCUUGGCGGAUUACGGACAGCAGGAAUCGUGAGAACAAACAAGAACCCGCAGAUUCACGUUCAAUCACGCUUCAAAUUGACAUGCUAACUUGAAUGUUUACGAUCAGCUACGAUCGGAGGAUACGACCUUUUAGUAGCCGUUCAGGAAGUGGUGGAAAUUGGGGGUAACUCACCUGACAGCCAACAGUGUCAGGUGUAGACCUCAGUCUUUAUAAUUUCAGUUUUUGGGUCUGUUAUUGUUGCUUUUAUUUUGCCGUUUUAUUUUCUUAAGCCUAUAUUAGUUUAUUCCCUGUUUGGACAACGAAUGUGCUUUUAUUUUGAAAGGGUGUAAAUGCGACUCCCAGGGAAAUAAAGACAAACAGCAGAAAGAGAGGAUGACUGAUGAGUCUCCAGGACAGAUCCGGAGUCGUAAACAGAUUAGAAACCUGUAGAGAAGUUGAGUUUCCAUGGUAACCGCCCUCGCCGCUGACGCUGCCUUUGAGCCGAACAUUCCCGCUGCUUCACCCGACACUCGCAGAUUUCCAACCUGAGCUGAAUGAAAUCCUCAGGUCAUUUCCUGGAGCUUUUCAUCCCCCUCUCUCGCCCUCUCUCUCUCUCUCUCUCUCUCCCUGCCCCCUCCUCUCUUGCCUCCUCCCUCCCUCUGAUCGCUCCCUCACACAGCAGCGGUCUGUGUAGGUGGACACUACAUGCUUCUCUCUCUCUCUCUCUCUCUCUCUCUCUCUCUCUCACACACACUCCCUCCCUCUGUCCCUCCCUCACCACCUCUCUCUCGCUCGCCCUCUCUCUCUCCUGCUGUCACAUUCCUCUCGUCUAACGCCGGGUUUAACUUUCCCUCUGCUGCCUGAGCGUAGGAAGGAAGAGGAGAGUUAUCAGCGUUUUCUCUGGAUGAGGAGGAGAAAAGAGGAGGAAACUCCUCAAACUCCUGCAGAGGGGGAGUCACCGCUCCGCUCCAGACCUUCUUAAAGGGACCCUCGUUUUCUUUUCCUCCCUCCAUGGGCCGUUUCUCCUUUUUUGGGCUCCGUCAGACACACAGAGGAAUAUUCACGUGAGCUCUUGUUUGCACGGCAAAGCUAGACCCAGCUCUCCUGGCGGGACGGAGAGUCAGAGGAGGAGGAGGAGGAGGAGGGGGCCGGGUUUGACAAUCCAGACAAACACGAUCAGAGAAGAAGAAAGUUCACGGCUGGAGAGGAUUUUCCACUCAGACAUGUGUGUGUAAGUGUCAGCAUGCUCUCGUGUUCCUUUAGGUCGGUGUUGGAGGAGAAGGUUUCAGACUCUGGAUGAGAGAAAGUUAAACUGUGACGUCUGAGUUUGUUCUCGCUCUUUAAACGGAUAAAUGUUUGUGUGUGAGGAUGGUGUGUGUUUAAAGUCACCUGGACUCAGAGGACCUGACUAAUACCUGACAAACGCCCACUUUAGUGUUUUUCCAUCAGUGAUGAGGAUCUGCUGGUCCAGGAGGACCUGAUCUGCUCCUCUGUAAUAAAACCGCAGAGUGAACAACACAGUAAAAGCAGCGGGGGGGCAGCGGGUCGCCGCACACCGCAAAUACAGGUGCUGACUCAGCGCAGAAACAGGAAUAAGCCGAGGUCAUGAUGUCAGAGAGCGAGAUGAGAACAUGAGAUCCUGAGAGGGUGAAGUGGUGAAUGAACAGAGAUGAUUAUGAUCAUCGCUGUUUCAUUCAGGUGUGUGUGUGUGUGUGUGUGUGUGUGUGUGUGUGUGUGUGUGUGUGUGUGUAGGAUUGUUGUUGUUGUAUUGAAUCGUUCCUCUCAUAUUUCCUCUUGUCUCCACGUUCACUCUUCACUCUUUCAUUCUUACUCUCUCAUUUAUUCACUCACUAAUAUUAGACGGUGAUCUUUAACACUAACACUGAUGUCUGUUCCUAUGCGAGUAACUUUGAUCAGACUACAGUGACCAGGAAUCAAACCACCAACCUUUAGAUUGAAGGAUGACCCACUGAACCACCGAGACACAACCGUCCAGAUCUCUGAUUUAAUCCAGCGAUCUUAAAAACCCCCAAAUAUUCAGAUCUAUGUGAAUAUGUCUCUUUUAAUAAUAACUUUAACUUUUUGUGAAGUUUGACUCAGUCUGACUGAAACUGGACUUUAAAAAUCAUGUAAACAUGUUAGUCUGACUCUAAUCCCCCUGAAUUAAACUUCUUAUAAUAACGAGGUCCAGAGUUAAAUCACCGAACCCUGAGCCGGAGGUUCAAAAACACAAACAUGUUUGUAGGAAACCAAACAGAGGAGGUCAAAGACGAACUUUCCUGACGUACAGACGAACAGCGCUGUAAAAGUGACCGUGUUUUUGUCCUGUUAGUCUACAGAUGAUGAAUUUAGUGGAUUAAUUUGAUUUUUUAUAGAUUACCUGGGAAAUAACCUAACAGUCAAAAAGGUGUAAAAAAAGUCAGAACCGCUCCAUUUGGACCCGUCCAUGUUCUACAUGUUAUCAGUCCAUAUGUAGUUUCCUGUCAGCAGUGGGUUAUAUCUUCAUCCCUUUAAUGAAACAGUCUGAACAGACCUGGACUGAUCGUCUGUUUAUUAGCACACAGACUGAUUUAGUUCAGCUGAUUUUUAACACAGAAACCUGAGGCUCUAAGUAAAGGUUAAAUAAAUAAAAGAGUCUGAAGUGACGCUCUUUAAAUCUGCUGACAGUGAAGAAACUGUGAACAGGUGGAGGAUCAUCAGGAAGAGUUUCUGAAGAGAAUCACUGAGAAUCUAAAACGAUAGAUUUACUAAAACCUGUCAGAUAAUAAUCAGAUGUACAACUUUCUCUUCUUCUUCGGUGGUUCUGGUGUUUUUCCACAGAAGCUGGUCCAGCUCAGCUCCCAGCAGUCCUCUCUCUCUCUCUCUCUCUCUCUCUCUCUCUCUCUCUCUCUCUCUCUCUCUCUCUCUCUCUCUCUCUCCCUCUCUCCUAAACACACGUCAGCCUCGUAAACAGUGAAGGGAAACUCAGCAGACAAUCCUUCCGUCUUUUCCUGAGCUUCAACAUGACUAAAUAACCUCGAUCACUUCCAAAUGCUCCGUGUGUCUGUGUGUCUGUGUGUGUUUGUCUGUGUGUGUGUGUGUGUGUGUGUGUUUUCCUGACUCCUAUCCUCGUCUCCAUGCUCUGGGUCUGUACUCCCGUCCGUGCGUUCGCCCGCUCACCUCCACACCUCCAGUUUUCUCCUCUAAUUGACGCUCAGUUGUUCCCCUGUAGCUCCGGUUUGCAGCGCCGGCCCGGUCCCUCCCAAACCACAAGGGACUCUUUGUUUGUAAUUUAUGAAUUAGUGUGUGGUUAGGGUUACGAGAAGAGAAGAGAAGGGGGCCGAGGCUGAAGUCUGAGAUCCGUGUUCACGUUGGUUUGUUGUUCCAGGUUGGACUUCUGGAUGUCCGAUGAUGAAUAAUUCUGUUCCUGUUUUUCUUUCUGACCCGCUCACACAGAUCUGAGUCCGUGUUUGACAGUCCUCUGAUAAUCGGAGUAAAUCUGUGUCUGUUAGGUUGUAAAACAGAGAAAUCCUGAUCCUCUCCCCCUCCUCUCUGAAUCUUUAAACCCCCCUGUCUCCCCCGCUCCUCUCUCUCUCUCUCUCUCUCUCCCUCUGCCCUCCGUUGGCUCCUUUUUGCUCUUUUUCAUGAAGUGGUUUUAUUUACUUUGUCUAGUCUGAAUGGAACCUGGCGCUGGACUAAGCUCUGGCCUGGUUCUCUGCAGAAAAGCAAAGCCCCCUUUCCUCUCCAACCCCCAUCUCUCUCUUUUUCUCUCUUUCCUUGAUUUGACUUUUAUCCUUUUCUUCUCCGUUUUGGAGACUCAGCAUGCAUUCCUAAUGGCUUCAGCUCUCCUACAUGGCGCUUUUUUUCCUCCUUCCUUCCUUUUCUCCUUUCCUCCUUCCUUCCUUCCUUCCUCUCUCCAAAGGUACUCUGAAAUAAAAGUCAUGUUGAAGUGUGUAGGGAGGUAAAUGGGUCUCCUGAUGGCCUAAACAGAUGUGGGAUCUCCCCCAGAAAGCUCUCUGGCAUUUUUCAGCAGCUGCUUGCAGGAGGUGCCGGCUUCUCCCCCCCGGGUUCUCCCCCCUGGUUCUCCCCCCAUCACCCUCUCUCUCUCUCUCCUCCACAGAACCACCAUUUUCUGUUUUACCUUCAUACCCUCGAACCUCUUUCUCCCCCAUGACUCCUCACCUCUCUGUUAUAGACCUGAACUUACUCCAAAGUCCAGUUCCCAUAAUCCAGCUCCGGUUCUGGUUCUUGUAGACCUCCUUUCUGUUCUGACUCGGUGUGUUGUUGCCCAGACUGGUCCUGGAUGGAGGAUUUUAAGAGUCCUCUAACUGUGGGUGUUAGUCCUCCUGGAUCCAGUUCGAUGUUUGAGGUCUUGAUGAUUUUAGUUGGACAUGAAAGUCUGAACAGCGUUUCAUUAAAAUAUCAAAUUCUUUAUAUUCUGAGACUUUUAAAUCAGUGUGAAGGAAAUAAAACAGGCGGUAAAUCGUCUGUACUGACUCUUACCCCGAUCUCCACCUUCAUCCUGAUCGUCUCCUAAAAGGUCGUUUCCUCCGAUCGUAGCUGAUCGUAACCAUUCAAGUUAACGUGUCAAUUUACACCGACUUCUUUCCGUUCCUCUGCGGAUCGCCGGACUCCUCAGCUGAUCACAAGAGUUCUAGUUUUUCCAGACGCCGGAGCAUGGCGGAUAAAUUCAGCACAGAUUAACCCGUGCUGGAAAGGAAGUCGGGCACAGACACAAAAUAAAACAUCCAAGUGAAAGGUUUUUAGACGUCAUUUCACCCCGAUGACACCAUGGAUGAGGAGAUGCUGAUUCUAGAAGUCUAGAAGUAGAUUUCCUCCUCUGGAAGGACACAAUCUACUGCUUAUAUGUCUAUGUGUCUGUCUUUAUAGAGACAACUUGGUAUCGGGCGAUUGAACGUGAAUCUGCUGGUUCUUGUGAGUUCUCGCGAUUACUGCUGUCUGUAAUCCGCCACGAAAUUCGCCUCACAAACGAACCCGAUAGUUCUGGACACGGUAAAAAUUAAUACAGUCAAAAACUCCUGACUGGACCUUUAACCUGACUGUGCAGCAUUUACAGGGUUAUAACAUGUCUGAGUUAUCACAGUGUGAGGCGGUUUGUCAGCUGUGAAUGUGUCUGUGUUAGUCUAUUAAGGUUUGAGGUCUUUAAAGCUGGGAUGGGACCAGGUCUGCUGGGACCAGGUCUGCUGGAACCAGGUCUGCUAAGUCUUGCAUCAUGUUGGUAGAUCACCAAAAACCAGCUCUUUAGUUUUUCAGUCGUUCUUUUAGCAGGAAAACUCAUUUUCUGUCCAAGGACACUGUGUGUGUGUGUGUGUGUGUGUGUGUGUGUGUGUGUGUGUGUGUGUGUGUGUGUGUGUGUGUGUGCAUACCUGCAGUCGUCUGUUUUUCCACAGGUGUUUGUUUGUUCAGUUCUGAGCUCGGCCCGGUUCUUCUGCAGUUUGGACUCAUAAAUGCGUCUUUAUUAGUGAUCAAAGACUUUAAUAGAAACAGAUUUUAUUUAGUGAAUUUAACGAUUAAACACUUUUCUAUCAUAAAUGUCGCCUCAGUAAAAAUCAGUGACUCCUGCUACAGUUGAAGACGUCUGUCUGCCUGUAACCGUCUGUUUUACCGUCUGUUUUACCGUCUGUUUUACCGUCUGUUUUACUGUCGGAUUCGGAGUAAAAGUUAGAAAUCAUGUCGCUGUAACGCUCUCUGCUCCUCUCAGGACCUGGCAUGUGGUGUGUUGUUUUUACAGCCCUCUCCUUCGUCUCCCUCUCCUCCCCCUCGGCUCACCCCGCCUCACCCCCAUUAAACUCAAUUUGUUCUGAGAGGCGCGGAUCGCUGUGAGUCCCGGACCAUGUGCUGCUCGGGUACAGGACAGAAAAGAGCUGGUUUUUCAGGAGGAUUUAGAGCUGCGGUGGGAAGAAGAAAUCACUGUUGGCUCAGAGGAGCUGGAGCCACUUUAUGAAGUUCGUAUAAAACACUUAAUCGUCGGCGUAUCGUCCUAAUUCAUGUCGGCUAAGACGAGAACAACUUAUUCGACUUUAACAAGCUAACAAAAGAAGAAGAAGAAGAAGAAGAGAUUUAGACGCGUUGUUAGAAGUCUGGAGGGUUUCAAAAACCCCAAACCUCUUUACUGCAGACGUCCAAUAAAGGCUGACAUGUUAUGAAGACGCAGGAUUACAGAGAGUCCCUUUAAUGAAGACUCUCUGAGGAGGUUUAGACCCUCAGACCCUGUUUGUUGGGUUCUACAGUAAACAGGAGUUCUGGUCGGGGUUUUAUCAGCGCUGUAGUUCAGGUCUGAGAAAUUAGCAGACAUGUUUAAUGAGGUCUGUGGAUUUAACAGCCCAGAGUUACUGAGCGGAGCUUUAAAUGAGAGCGGCGGCAGAUGUCAGACAGGUGUUCAGAGUCUGUGUACGCCCGUUUAAUAAAAACCUGAUCCAAUCAGAGACUCUGAUCCAGAUCUGUCUUUAAAAAAGUCUCUGUUAUUGGUUUGAACUUCAUGAUUUUUACUUUGAAAUCAAAACGUCUCAGCAACAUUAAAGCUCCAGUCAGGAGUUUUAAGGACCUGAGAAAACACAGGAACACGACACAGAACCAGGACCUCAGACCAGAUCUGUGAUCGCUGUUCUCAGGGUCAAAGGUUAUCUGUGGUGGGCCGCUAAAGGGUCAGUCCAGGGUACCUGGAAAAGGUCAGGAGGUCAUUUUAGAGGAAAUGGUCAUCUGUUUCACGUGUCUGUUACACUGUCACUAACGGGCAGGAUCUUUAUGACCUUCAGUCGUCGUUUUCAUCCUCACCCCCAACUUCCACCUUCAUCCUGAUCGUCUCCUAAAAGGUCGUAUCCUCCGAUCGUAGCUGAUCGUAACCAUUCAAGUUAACGUGUCAAUUUACACCGACUUCUUUCCGUUCCUCUGCGGAUCGCCGGACUCCUCAGCUGAUCACAAGAGUUCUAUUUUUUCUGGACUGAGGAGUCCUCAUCCGGUGACCCCAUGGAUGAGGAGAUGCUGAUUCUAGAAGUCUAGAAGUAGAUUUCCUCCUCUGGAAGGACACAAUCUACUGCUUAUAUGUCUAUGUGUCUGUCUUUAUAGAGACAACUUGUUAUCGUGAGAUUGAACAUGAAUCUGCGGGUUCUUGUGAGUUCUCACGAUUCCUGAUGUCCAUGAUCCGCCACAAAAGUCGCCUCUCAAACGGAUCCAGUAGGAAUUGGAGCCGUUCCGGAUGUGGUGGAAAUCCCGGAUCAGGAAGUCGUUGGAUGGACUGGAGUUUCGUCUCUGACGCUCCUUUAAGAAGUUUUGAACCCUUGUGAAUAAAGAUCAGAGGAGAGAGAUGACGCCUUUAUAAGAGGAGGAACUGAACUGGACUACAGGUGAAGUUAAAGUCCACAUGAAUGAUCGGAUCCAUCUUGAGUGGGUCUUUUAUUUUGAAAAGUCGCUCCUCCUGUCAGAUCGACUCCUCGAAGGUCUUAAAUAUAUCCUCCUCUCAGCUGGACCGGGUCCCGCUCUCCUAAAUAGCCCACAGUGGUCUCAGUCCGUCCCAGAACAGCAGAUCCAUGUUGGGCUGUUAUUUAAAAACCUCCCAGAGGACCUCGUCACUCUGAUCCGGAGCCAGAACCCACUGAUCCAGCCUCCCUACACCACCACGGCCUCAGUCCUCCUUUUCUCCUCCAACCGAAGAUGGAGGGAGGAGGAGGAAAACCUCUCAGUGGAGUUUUUUUCACUCCCAGAAGGCCAUCUGUUUCCUGUCUGUAACACGACACCAGCGCCCGGGCGAUCGGGUCGGGCUUCUCUUGUACGAUUGUGGGGUUUAUGAUUAGCUCCUCUGCUAACAUCAGCGCUCAUUUACGUUGGUGUGAUCCCUGUGUGAUGGAGGAGCAGACAUGCUGCUGCAGGACCGAGGUGUGGGAACCUCUGACCUCUGACCUCUGUGUUUAAGUGAUGAGGAGGGUUGGACAUCGUUUGAUUUUGACCGAUUCCUCGUUUCGAUUCGGUUCCUAACGGUUUUCUAUUCUGAUUCUUUUAAAAGGCAGGAUAUUUUUAAAAAGAGUAUGGUUGAACAGGAGAUCUUCUCCAUGAAUUUUUAAAUUAUAUCAACUUUUAAGAACUUUACUUUGAAUUUCUCACAUUUUUAACCAGUUUAUAAAUAUCAGUUUUUGUUGUCUUAUCGUUUGUCCGAGGGCUAACGUUAGUUGGAUGUUUAAGUUGACCCUCCAGUACAGUUUGUUUGAUGCUUCAAUGUUCGCAGAAGACAGAAGUUAUUUAAUGUUUCACUUUUCUGAUUCUGGCUGGUUAGCAGAAGACCGGCAAAGUGCGUCAAAGACGAGCACUCAGGUAUUUCUCCUCCAUGAAUCCUGAUUGUUUAAUCUUGUCGGUCGUUUAUCCUCCUUUACAGGAUAUAACUGUGUUUCUAAUGUUGCUCUGAGAUAAAAGUUCAUUCUUCAUGAUAAACGUAGACAAACUUUUGACCGACGCUGCUGUGUUUAUGCAGCUGAAGACGUGUUUUUAUUUGGAGCAGUUUGGCUCUCUCUCUCUCUCUCUCUCUCUCUCUCUCUCUCUCUCUCUCUCUCUCUUCUCUCUCUCUGGCUUCGUCUCAUUCACUUCGUCCUCGUUGGUGUUCAGCGGCGAUUUCUUCCGGUCGGCAGACUCCGACAUCGAAACUUGGAAUUGAAAUUUUAAAAUUUUAGUGUGAACGGCUCUGAGACGACAACAAAGAUCAAACUUUGACUUUUUUCCACCACAUGAACCUGAAAAAUCUCCUCUCUUCUCUUCUUCCACAAUCUCUCUGUGACAACGAAGAACUAAACUGACUCUCCGUCCGUCCGUCCGUCACUUCUUCUCCUCUUAAACUCCAUCAUAUGUAGAUUUUCCUCCUCUGAAGAUCUGGAUGUCUCUCUCUGGUCUCGUGUGUUGAUGGUGGCCAGCUAAAGUGAAUCCAGACCUCCUCCUAGUCCUGUUUGUUUACAGAGGCCACUGUGGAUCCAGACCUCCACAGGUCUUUAGACAAACCGCUUUGGGAAGCAGCUUUUGUGUAAUCCAAACUUUUGGUCAGCUCCAGAUUAACAUGAUAGAGAGAGAAGAUAGAGAGCAGACAUGGAUUUAUAUGGAGGGUUACAUUAGAGACGGUGUUCUUCUCAGUUAGUUCUGAUGGUACCGGCUCAGUGGGACCGGAGCAGCAGGCGGUGGAAUAACUCCAUGUGAUUUCUUGACAUGAUAAAAGUCUCUAAAGUGGUUUGAAGGACCUGCAGACCCUCUUUAGAGACUUUAUUAAGACCCACAUGGUCCAAGUCUUGAUGGCAGGAUCUGGACUCUUUCAUUUUCCUCCUAAAAUCCUCGUCAGCGUUAAUUUGACAGUCGGCCUGUAAAGGUCAGAGCUGAUGGAGUCACGGGUGGUCCUCUGUUUAACAUCUCCAACAUGACUGUGCCGGUGGGUAAAGGGUUAAUUAUUACUUUAUAUAUUAGACAGUAUUUAUUCAUUAUUAGACUGAAGGACGACCAGAUCAGGAACCUGGGAGCAGGACCCAGAGGCUGCUGGUCCUGGCUCUGCUGAAGGUGAACACACCUGAGUGUUGGAGUGACGGACUGAGAUGGAUCUGAUCGACCAGGAUGAGAGACCCACUCCUGACAGGUUCAGAGUGACUCUCAGACCUGAACUGACUCCAUGUUUGACCCUCAUGUGUCCCCGUACAGGAAGUCUCUCUCAGAGUCCAAGACUGAAAUGGUUCUUUGGAGAGUCCUAACUCAGUUAGUUGAGUUUCUGGAUCUAAUCCAGACCUCCUGAUCUCUGAUGUUCCUCAGGCUCUUCAGCAGCAGGUGUUUGGUCUCCUCUCCUUCUCUCUGUAUCUGCUGAGCUUACAGGAGCAGGAGGAGAAGACGGGACACGGACUGAUGUAACAGGAAGUUCAACCAGCAGGACAGACAGACAGAGAAGCAGCUGGACUCUGAAGGUCUCCAGGAGAACGGACUUUUGUUCAGGACUGAAGGAGGAAAGGAGAGGAGGUUUCUCUCUUCUGUCUUUCCCUCUUCAUCACCCUCUCUCUCUUCUGCCUCGAUCACUCCUCUCUAUUUUCUAAUAAUAGCUCAGAGUCCAACGUCUUUAGAUUCAGGACAAGAAUCUGAAGGUCCGUCUGAUUUUCACUUCGUCCUCUCGUCUUUUCAAUCUCCAAACCUCGGAGUCUCUUCCUCCUCCUCUUCGUUCAGUUCCAUCUUUGACUGUUUCUAUAAACUCUAAUGUGGACCUGAGGGAGCCCACCGCUGAGUUCUGGGUGUGGACCGUCUCCACAUGACCGAGCCUACAUGGUCGUAUUCAUGUGGUGACAUCAGUGAGGCUUGGCGUCGAUCACAGAUCCCAUCAGGUCACAUGAUCACAUGAAGAGUUUGCUUUAAAACUUCUGUGGACCCUUAAAGUUCUGGUCCGACCUAGACCCAGGACUGUUUUCCUGUCUCUAAAGGGUCUCAGGUCUGUUGUUUUGGUCCCAGCUGAUGGGUCUGAGUGUCUGUAGAUGAGGUCAAACUGGUCUGAACUCACUGGUUAUGCUGCGUUCCAGUCACCUUGGAAGUCAGAUGUCGGUGCUGGGAAUGACGUUACAUCCAAGUUGACAGCGUUACAGUAAACAGGUCAGAAAACCAAGAUGGACGCCUACUGUUACCCGUCGUCAUCGUCAAGUUGGGGUUGGCGAGGAUCAUCCAGCUUUCCGAAUCAGAAAUCCGACUUCAGGGCGGCGUUACAGAUGAAUUUCCGACUCGGAGCUCGGGAAUCCCGGCUUCCGAAUUCUUCUCCAUUAUGACUCUUUAACUCCGCCUCCGUAUGAUGUCAUAGCUCUCAGUCUGCUCACUCCUAUUGGACAGUAACCCACCAUACUGACCGUCUGUCUGAUGCUGUAAAUAAAAACAGUCAGUAGUGUUUAAACGUCAGUCUGAACCCGGGUCCAUCUCUGUGUCUCUGAUAUCUGAAGGUCUUCGUCUGUAUUGAUCCAUCAGAAGAUCAUUCGAACCUUCACACCGUCAAUAAUCAAGACUUCUCUGAUGGACCAAUCAGAAGCAGCUGCAUUAAGAUGAUCCUACUUCAUCCCUCUCUGCAGUGCUCUUCAUUCCUCUGGUCCCAGUGGACUUCAGUAGGUCCUGGUCCUGGUUUUAUGACAGACCAGGUCUGAGCAGUUGUUGCCUCCCUCUAAAAAUAGCUCCAUUGUUUGGACAUCUGUUGGAAACUCUGCUGCCUCUAUUUCUGUCAUGAUUCAAUCUAGACCCGUCCCUCCGCUAUCUGCCCCCCCCACCCCACCCCGGUCCCAUAUCAGCAACAACAAAUGACAGAUCUCUGUCCUCACUGUUUUCACAAGUUAUUUGGCGACCUCAGCAGCUCCCUGAACCAAUCAAAACUCAGCGUGCCAUUACCUCAUAACCCUGACACGGAGGAGUGAGUUUAGGCAGGCGGUGCGGUUUGAUGAUUCAGCGUUGGUCACAUCCUUGUUGACCCAGUGGGACAUCAGAUAAUGAUGAGGCCGUGCUGACGCUGACAGUGGACCUGUCCCUCCUGUCCAACAGAUAGAGACAAAAUAACACGACAACAAAACCGAUGAGAAGACGCAAACUGAACAACAAACACACAACAACAACAACAACAACGCAGUAAAGAGGGCGAGAAGCUGAGAGGUUAGAAAGAUGGACUGAGGGGGAUGAAGAUACUGUGAUUUUGUGGAUAACCAGUUUUUACUUUUUUUUAACUGAUUCAGAGCUCUCUGUCUUUGAGUUGAUUAAAAUCACAUCUGCUGUCAUCGCUGACUGUAUGUUGCAAAGAAAAAAGAGGGGACGCCAAGACUAACCCCGAAUUUCCACCGCGUCCAAAAUGGCUCCAAUCUGGAACGACAGCGAUUUUCACAGCCUGCCAUUUCCUACUGGAUCCAUUGGCGAAUUACGGACAGCGGUAAUCGCAAGAACUCACAAGAACCCGCAGAUUCACGUUCAAUCAUGUGAUAACGAAUUGUCUCUCUAAAGACAGACACAUAGACAUAUAAGCAGUAGAUUGUGUCCUUCCAGAGGAGGAAAUCUACUUCUAGACUUCUAGAAUCAGCAUCUCCUCAUCCAUGGUGUCAUCGGGGUGAAAUGACGUCUAAAAACCUUUCACUUGUUCGUCUCCGCCCGUUUGCAUGGUGUGAAAUACGAUCCUCCUGAAACACGGAGUGUUUUAUUUUGAAAAGAAGCCGGAUGUUUUAUUUUGAAGUCUGUGCCCGACUUCCUUUCCAGCACGGGUUAAUCUGUGCUUAAUUUAUCCGCCAUGCUCCGGCGUCCAGAAAGAAGUCGGUGUAAAUUGACACGUUAACUUGAAUGGUUACGAUCAGCUACGAUCGGAGGAUACGACCUUUUAGGAGACGAUCAGGAUGAAGGUGGAGAUUGGGGGUAAGACCAGGACCAUGCAGUGCUGGUUUGGCCAAGUGGUAACAGUGUACACUCCAGGUGCAUCACUGGUCCAACUCCCCCUCAGGACUCUGUGGUCCCCCACUCUGUCCCGUCUCUUAAAGACCAGAAUUAGUCCUAAAAUGACCUUAAAGAGAGUUAGAAAUAAUGAAUUGAGUAAAUAUCACGACUCUUCACCGUCAGCGUCACUCCCAGUCCUGUCUCUGCAUCCUUGUUAAUGACACCAACCCUGUGUGUUUGUGUGUGUACAUGUGUGUGCAUACGUGUGCGUACAUGUGUGUGGUUGAAAUAGUCCAAACAGCUGUGGUCUCAGAGCGGAGCUGAGAUUGACGUGUUCAGAGCUCAGCUGUACCAUCAUCAUCAUCAUCAGUAUAAGGUUGUGUGUUGCCUAUUAAAGUCAAUGCAGGAAAAAUCCUGCAGCUGAAUGUAGGGCAGGGGUCUCAGUGAGGCAGGAUGGGGGUUGAGCUCUUUCCCCAUCCUGGAAUUUACUCCCAAACCUCCAAACCCUCAGAGUCUGGAUGUUUUCAGACUGUGUCACCGUGCAGAGAUGCCUGACUUCGCAGGAACGUCAGAGUGAAGCUCAGAUCUGGGUUGAAUUAAAACAAAUGCUGCAUGAAAACGUACGGCGCUCUCUGGCACACAGAAGGAGUUUUUAUCAGACCGGAUCACUGGAGAGACCGCUGAUUUGAUUACGCUCCCCGGCCAAAGUCCUCCAGGAUCUGCAGGAUCUGAAGUCCUGUUCUCAUGAGUGUUUCUGAGGUUUCUCUGAGCUGACUGUUGAAAACACUCCUGCUCCUCCGUGGUUUCAGACCUUUGUGAGGACACAGAGACGGAAGUUUGAUCAUGGGUAACAUGGCCAUCGUUGGUCCUGAUGGAGUUCAGACUCCAAACCUGCUCCACCAUGUAAACACAGGAACGAGUGUGUUAAUGAAGACACACACACACAGACACACACACACACACACUCAUGCACACAUUGUUAUCCAGCUCCACAAAGAUGUAGCUGCACACACACUGAAGUUAAUCAGCUGCUGUCAGCUGGUUGCUGUUAGAGCAAUAUAUGAGGGGGGGGGGGAGGAAUGCAAUCUCAACACCUUCAGCUCCUAACCUCUUCACCUUGCAUGUUGUUCUGCAGGAAUGCCAUUAGCCAAGUGAAAAAUGGUUGUGUGUGUGUGUGCGUGCGUGCGUGCGUGCGUGCGUGUGUGCAUGCCUGAAUGACGUCUGAGUUGUAUUCAGGAGAAAGAGCAACAGCAGAAUAAAAAUCACUUCUAAGGGGGUCUAAGGGGGUCUUUAAAUGUUCAUCUGAGGCUUUUCUUCAGUGUGUGUGUGUGUGUGUGUGUGUGUGUGUGUCUUUAAUAUCAUGCAUUAAGCAGCACUCACAGUGAGUUGAUUGAAACCAGACCCCCUUUUCUCAGGUUUGUUGUUCACAGACGUUAGUGAAGAGUUUUUAGUCUUUCACACCAUAGAUAGAUACAUACUUACAUACUUACUCACUUACAUACAUACUUACUUGCUUACUUACUCACUUACAUACAUACUUACUUGCUUACUUACUCACUUACAUACAUACUUACUUGCUUACUUACUCACUUACAUACUUACUUACUCACUUACAUACUUACUCACUUACAUACAUACUUACUUGCUUACUUACUCACUUACAUACUUACCUUCUCACUUACAUACUUACUUACUCACUUACAUACAUACUUACUUGCUUACUUACUCACUUACAUACUUACUUACUCACUUACAUACUUACUUACUCACUUACAUACAUACUUACUUGCUUACUUACUCACUUACAUACUUACUUACUCACUUACAUACAUACAUACUUACAUACUUACAUCCUUACUCACAUACAAACUUACUUACAUACUUACUUGUAUACUCACUUACUUACUCACAUACAUAUUUACUCACUUACUUACUCACUUACAUACUUACUGUCGUAAUCCAAGACUGAAAUUUAAAAAAUCAGAGUUAGCACCAAUUAAACACGGAACACAUUCUACUGUACUGUGACAAGACUGACACUCAAUAAAGAAGACAUAAAAACAGUCAUUAACAUGACCAUAAGGCAGCAGUGCAGAGUUACAAAGUCAUAACAUCGUUCUUUAACAUUUUUAUUUUUUAAAAGGAACAAAAAAAAUCUUCUAAAGUUUCACUGCAGGUUCAGAUCUUACAGUUAGUCUGAUCCGGAUCAGGACUGGAGUCAAGUUCUCAUUGAGCUUCACCAAAGAAAAGUCCGAUCUGAGAUUAAACUUCUUUUGUUAAAAAUACUCCAGAACCGUCUCUCCAGGAUUUACUCUCCCCCCGUGUUACAGUCUAAAUACUGAAACAUGUUCUCAUGCUCGGUCCGGGUCAGAUCUUAUCUCCGAUUUAGCCCGGUUUAAUAUUUCAUUAUAUCCGCUCUGGCUUACAGGGCUUUGUCCCAGUUGCAGCAGUCAGCACAUGGGCCGUACACACACACACACACACACACACACACACACACACACACACACAGUGAACACAAAGCUGGGCUCUGCCAGUGUAAACACAGUCAUUGUUAUGGGCACUCUUUCCCGCCUCGUAUCUUCGCUCCCUGUGGCGAUCCGGCGCUCAGAGAGGUGCAGAGCUGGAGACGGUCCAGUCCAGUGGGGUUCUGUUCAGAACCACCAGGACUCGUUUAGAGAGCGUUUAUGUGAGCGGGCCGUCAUCAUGGAGGCUUCUCAGUUUCUCAGUUUGUGUUUUCCUGCUCGGUGGUUUGUGGCUGUUUCAGCUCUGACCUUUAUUUUUAGAAAUUACUGUACUGAACGAGGUAAACAGAGGAGAAGGAGGCGUGGUCCGGUCCAUACGGGUCUGUGAUUUUGACUUUGGGAGUUUGUGUUUGCAGAGAAUUAGUUUCUCUGAAUCAUAAUCCUUUAAAUUUCACCAGAGUUACACACCUUUACUAUGAAACCAUAUGUUUAUAUAUGUAUUUCUAUGUUUGCAUGUAUUCCAGUGGAUGAACCCGGUCGUAUCUCCGUGCUCGCACACAUGCACGGCGGUUUCUUUCUGAUUUAAAUAUAAACGUGCACAGAAACUGCACGUCUGUGAAGCACAUCAUGGCGUCUCUCAGCUGCGACCCUGGACCACAUGUGCAGCCAAUUACAGCCAAUCAGAAGGCUGUAAUCAGGGCGUGGCGAGGAGAUGGUGGCGGUGUGGCAGUGGGAGAGCUCUGUGAUUAGUGUGUCACGGUGAUGGGGGGGGUUGCUGCUGCAGGGUCAGAUCUAGUCUUAAUUCCUGCACCUCCACAUGUGGGGGGGGGGUGCUGUGUUUAUUUAACUGGUGCCAGUCCAGACCCGGAGAGAGAAGGGGGUCUCAGGUUCUGGUUUGUGAACCUAUUAAGGAGACAGAUUGGUGCGGUCGACCACAUGAGAUGAUGUAAUUACAGAGAGGUAUUCAGAUGGAAGAGGAGAUGUUUCUACAAGCAGCAGCUGAAGGAGCCGACACCAUCUGAACUCUACACAUGAAGGUCUGAGGAGGAUCGAUUAGAGUCUAAAUGAAGCUCAGGGACCGUCUGUGAAUGAGAGAGUCUGAUGAACAUCUCCUCUGUGUCCUGGUCCAGACUCAAACUCCUGGACCUCUCAGCUCAGUCCUGUCCUCCUCGGCUCAGCUGAUCUUUGACUUUUGGAAAUCUGAUCCGUGUGUUUCUCCUCCUGCUUUUUCACAAACUCUCCUCUAUCGUUCUUUUCACAUGUCGUAGUUUCAUUAUUAGUGACUCCUCAAUGACUGUAAACCAGAGCAGACAAACGCUGACCAGAGCGUGGCCCCGCCUCCAGAACCACAUGUGAGCGGGCGGGCAGGAAUGUAUGGACCACUGCGUUGUGGGUUUGUGUCGGGGGUGAUAGACUACUGACUCACAGGACACUGAUGAAGAGGAGGGGGGGGGUGACUUUCGGGAAUCAGAGGAAGGUCAUGAGGAGGAGGAAGAAGAAGAAGAGUGAAUCAUCAGUUUAUCACAUUCAUGUGUGACUGAAAUAAAAGAGAGGAAGAAAAAAACAAAGACAGUAAAAGAGCUGAAGAACGGACAGGACUGCUGUCAUAUAUUUAUAUAUGUUUUAUAUGUUAUAUAUACAGUAUAUAUAUAAGUAUAUCUAUAACUGCUGUGGAGAUGUUGGAAGAGCCUGAACUCUCAGACUUUAAGUCCAGGAUGAAUCUGAUCAGCUGAUCAAUAAAAACUGAUCGAUUACAGACUCUGUGAUCGUUUCCAUGUUCAAUAAUGUCUAUAAAGUCCGUCUCACUCGCUGGUUCAUCCUCUCAGAACUUUUUGGAGGUUUUCUGAUCCACUGAGGAAACUUUGGUUUUGGAUCUGUGAUUUGACAGAACCGACCCGUUAGUCUGAGCUCCAGUCCCAGAAUCGAGGCUGAUGAUGAAGGACUUUAUAAUUAUCUAAAUGGAAAUAUGAUGAUGAUGAUGAUGAUGAUGAUUUCUAAGCCAGUAUUCAUUGACAUAUAAACACAUUUUUCUGGAGAGUUAUCCUCUAAUUUGGCUCGUUGAUUAGGAGCCGUGGCGUGAACCACUAAAUGACAUGAUGUGUAUUUAUAUGGAUGUUUGACCUCUGCUGUGUUAGAGCGAUCUCAUCCUCACUGAUCUGUGUUUGAGCUCUGUUCAGCUCCAGGUUUGACAGUCUGAGUUUAUCUCUGCUGCUUCAUUUGUCAGUGAAGUUAAAGUGACACUCAGACAUGAAGAUACCGGAGCGUUUAUCAGAGAGAAAUAUUCCUCUGUGGAGGUUUGGGAAACAGGAAACUGAGUGAAAACAAGUUUGUAGGAGCUAAAAUAUAUUUGUUAAAGUUUGAUUUCUACUCGGUACGUCACUGAGGGGUGUGGUCACUAAGGGGUGUGGUUUUGGGAUGUUUGGCGGGUUAUUUAAAUCUCACCGGUGUGGUCAGACAAUGUUUGUGGUCAGCUCUGAUCAUUUUCUGUUGACCGUUUUUCAUAGUUUCUCCAUCCUGUUUCAACCUCAUUUCAUCUUCUCACUUUUCAUUCGAAGUUUUUGGAUCUGAAUCACUUUUUAACACCAUUAAAACUGGACUGAUAUUUGAACGAGUCACAGAUGAGAGCGAACCGAAACCCCAGCUGUCUUUUUGUUGAAGGAAAGCAGAAGCUACAAUAUUUAUACCACACAGGGGGGGAAGAGAGGUAUUAAAGUCCAGAUAUUAAUAUUACAUAUAACUUUAAUUAAAGCUCCUGUGAAGAAUGUUAAGUUUGUGUCUCUUUGGCGCCCCCUGUGGACAAAGCCUUCUAUGUUUUUUGUCUGAAAUGAGUGAUUCAAGUGUCUUCACAGUGACUAUUAUGACUAUUUAUGUGGAUAUGAUAAAAUCAGCUGUUUCCUUUACUGCUCUGUUUACACAUUUAAAAUCAGUGAUCAUGUCCAUGUUGAUGUUUUUCUGCUUUAAUAUGUUAUAAAAUGAGUUUCAGUCUGUUUUAUAGAUUUAAUAAAACUCCUCAUUUGAGCUUUAAAAGUGUAAACUAAGGGUCCAAAUAAACAUCUGCUCUUUUUGUAGAUUAGUUGAUUCAUGUUUUACGUUUGCGUUUAGUGACGACAGGUAUGAAUAACAUAUCAGUAAUUCCUCUAAAUGUGUCCUUCUCUCUUUUCCUUCUCUCUCUCUUUUCCUUCACAGUCCCAAAGAAGCUGCUCCAGGAGCAAGGAUCCAGACCGCCCGUGUUCGCCCCCCCACCCAGCGCCCAUGACCCCAACAUAGUGGGAGACAGUCCUCCGGAGGGGAGCUCGGUCAAAAGCCCUGACUCUGUUCCAGGUGAGCUGAAGGAGGAACACAGAAGCUUGUUCACUCUCUCUGCCUCCCGUGGAGAGCUCUUAACACUAACCAGUCACACGCCGGCCUCCCAGGCAGCAAGAGAAACAGUCAUUCAGGUCUAAAGUCAGGGCGCAGAUAUAUGUGUAUAUUUAGAGUCACACGGGUUCAACUGGUUCCAUAUGUAGAAGAGCUGUGAGCCAUCGUUCGGUCCAUUUAUGAUCCUCAAAUAUUCGACCUCCAAAGAGUCGACGCACGAGCCGAAAGUCUGUCCUCCUGAAGACGGAGAGACGGAGGAGACGGAGAGACGGAGGAGACGGAGAGACGGAGGAGAUGGAGGAGAAGAGAAUAAAGUGAAAACAAUGAGACGCCGGAAAAAAUCUGUAAUAAUGAGGGAGGGUGGCCGACGUCCAAAACACUGAGUCCUCUGCUAAUUAGGAGGAAAGAUGAACAAGGAGCUGAGAGAGGGAGGAGAGGGGAGGUCUUUACUGAAACACUUCAACACAUGAGGGGGGCGGGACUUCCUUCUUCAGCUUCAUCAGACUCACCUGUGUCCUCUCUGAAGUGGGGCUGAAGAAAGAAAAGAGAGGACAAGGAAUACUUCACCGUAAAUACUGUAAUAUUAAUGUAAGAGGAGCAAGAAAUACAUUACCAUAAAUACUGUAAUAUUUAUGUGGGAGAGCAAGAAAAACUUUACCGUAAAUACUGUAAUAUUAAUGUGUGGAGAAGCAAGAAGUACAUUACCGUAAAUACUGUAAUAUUAAUGUAGAAGAGCGUAGUAUAAUUUACCAUAAAUACUGUAAUAUUUAUGUGGGAGAGCAAGAAAAACUUAGUCGUAAAUACUGUAAUCUUUAUGUAAGACAGCAAAAAAUACUUUUCAAUAAUUAAUGUUAUAUUAAUGUAGGAGGGCAUGAAAUAUUUGACCGUAAAUACCGUAAUAUUAGUGUGGGAGAGCGUAAUACUUUACCGUAAAGACUGUUAUAUUAAUGUAGGGGAGCAAGAUAUACUUUACCGUAAAGACUGUAAUAGUAGUUUGACACUCUGGCGUGUUUUUUCAUAGUCUUCGACAUCGUUUUUUUAGAUUUUCGUUCUUUAAUUUGACGUUUAACAGACACUCUCAUCUGAAGUUAUCACGUCUAAAAAAAACUCCUUUAAAUGACCUGAAGUGACUUCUGUGUUUCUGUUUCUACAUUUCUGUGUUUUUCACACUCAGAGUGUUUUCUGUUUGGUCUCCUUGUUUUCAUGACUUUAAAUAAAGAGCGUGGUCGUUGUUUCGGUGGUUUGGUCGCUCGCUCGGUUGAACGUUAGCUCAUGGACCGCAGCAGUGGGUCCAGGUGGAAACAUUUACCUUCUUAGUGAGCGGUCCAGGUCUAAACUGCAUUUAUCAGAUAAAGUGAGUCUGACACACACCUUAUACACUCUGUAAUUAGAGGUCAACGGUGUGUGUGACAGUUCAUCCAAACACUGACCCAACAUCACACACACACACACACACACUAAUAUGAGUCAGUACAGGAGACAGGGGGCUGGAUGGACGUGUGUGUUUAUGCAGCUGAAGACGUGUUUUUAUUUGGAGCAGUUUCUCUCUCUCUCUCUCUCUCUCUCUCUCUCUCAUUUAAAGUUACAGUAGUAAACAUGUCUCCAGGUCUAACUAAAGGCGAUUGUCCUCAGAAAUGAAGGUAAUGAAAUUAGUGAUGCACGAUAUGAAAAAUUUCAACUGAUACCGAUAACCGAUAAUUUUCUUCUUCUCAUGGCCGAUACCGAUACCGAUAACCGAUAAAUUCAUAUUUUUACAUUUAUUAUAAUCUUCAUAUAAUCUGCAGUUUGUGCAGGAUGCAGCGAUUGAAAACUGAUAUUUUUGUUGCUCUGGCCUAUCUAGAACAACAAACUAAAGUUAUUGGCUCUUCAAAUGUGGUCAUUUGCUAUAAAUAACAAUAACAGAGCAAAAAGCAGAACUUCAUUUGAUCCCCUGAACUGUUCAACAGAACUGUAAACUGUAAAGGAGCUAUUAUGAGACAUUAGGCUUAGCAUGCUGACCGGACUAACAUCUGACGUCCAUAUGUCUGUGGUAAAACUCACGUGUAGUCCGUUCUUGUCGAUCAGGUUGUGAAUGUAUGUGGCGACAAUAUCAUAGAGUGCAGGAAGAGACACAUCCGAGAAGAAGCGGCGGCUUGGGAGAGUGUAAUGUGGCUCCAAGUGUGCUGUGAACUUACGAAAACCCGGGUUCUCAACGACGGAAAAAGGCUGGUCGUCGACCGCUAUGAACUCCAUCACUUUGUCGUUAAUGGCUUUAGCCUUUUCGCUGUCUCUUGAGAAGCUUUUGCAGUUUUUAAACGCCCGCUGAAUGGGGACAUCGAUCCUCCGUAGUGUUGUUGUCUUAGCUUUAGUACCGCUAGCAGCUUCGGCGGCUGUCUCACAGUCCUUUAAUACUGCUCCGCCGCGAUGGUGACUUUUCAGAUGAGCUAUCAGAUUCGUCGUGUUAAAACUUGACGUCUUCUUUCCUCCUCUCGGAAUCCUCGCUGAACAGGUUUUGCAUAUAGCAGCUGUUGUCAUCUUCUGCCACUGAGAGAAACGACCAUGCUGGUGAAGACAUUUUAUUAUCUGUCAGGUAGUGACAGGGGUCAGGCUUGGGACCUGUGAGUAAGGCGCGAUAGAUGACGUGACCAGUGCGUCUCGGACGGGCGGCUACUCCACCUGCAAACGUUACUCGUAAUUUCAUUAAUAUAUCGGAUCUUUCUAUCGGAAAAAUGCACCUAUCGGACCGAUAAAAAAUGACGUAAUUUCCCCCCAUAUCGGCCGAUAUUUUAUCGGUCCGAUAAAUAUCGUGCAUCCCUAAAUGAAAUCCCUCUGCUCUCCCUCGUUCCUCCAUCUCCUCUCCGUCUUCCUGUGAACACGUCAGUGAGAGGAAUCCACAGAGAGGAGGAGACAGUUGUUGUUCCCGUCUAUAAAUAGUUUUCUGACAUUUCUCGGGUAGCAGUUUGAAAAGUUUCCAAACUCUUCCUCCCAUGUGGUUCUUCUCUGUUUCUUAAUGAGCGGAGUCGGAGUGAACACUCAGGAGUGGACGUCUCAGUGAACAUGUGUGUGUUUCUGCUCCGAGCUGACGGACGAUGACUCAGUGAGCUGAAGUCAGAACCCCUCAGAGAGACUCGGACUUUACUGUAAAUGACUGAAACACAGACGCACAUGUUCUCCAUGUUUCUAACCUGAGCUCUUCUGCUCUGUGGUCUCCUGCAGACAGAAAGAAGAUCAGGGAGACCAACCCCAACGAGGAGAAGUUUCCAGCACCUUCAGGAGGAGAAGGAGGCGGAGGAGGAGGAGGAGGAGGAAGCCCUGGGCGUCCCCCGGACAUCAACCCCAUCUUCAACUCCACCUCCAGCGCCAACAUGGCCCUCAUCAGUAACGCCCUGGCAGCUUACACUUACAUAUCAGGUAGAAGAUCCUCCGUUUUCAUGAUGGACCCAAACAGGGUUUUAGAGUCCGGGUCCAUGUGCAGCACAUGUGUGUGGCGUGUUAUCUUCUCAGGUGAUAUCCCCCAUUUCCUUCUCCUGGGGAUGAAAGGUGAGUAAAUACGGGCCGGAGGAAAGCAGAUGUGAGAUAACAGAUUACUCUGAGAGUCGCCUGCUCCAACAGCUGCUGUUCACGUCUGAACGUUUCCUGUUUUUUACCUUCAGUAAAGAGUUUAGAGUGACGUUGUUGAGCUUCUGUUAACAUCUGAACGUUGAGCUUCUGUCAGGGUCAGAAGAAACUGAAGCUGAGGGAGAGUCAGAGCGUUACAGACCCAGAAUCACUGACACCUUAAGAUCAUUCUCCACCUUCCUCCCGUCUUACAGACCAUCCAGAGAGGGCGGCGCUCUUCUUCGUCUGCGGCGUCUGUCUCGGCCUCUUCCUCACGCUCUUCGCCCUCGUGGUCCAGAUCUCCUGUCGCACCGACUGCCAGCCUCGCCAGCGACCCGUCGCCAAGAAGCGAGCCCGCCCGGCCGACUCCUCCUCUGACUCCAGUGAUUCGGACUCGGACUGGGACACCACGUCAGACCUGUCGGCGCGGCGACACCGGCGGUUCGAGCGCACUCUGAACAUGAACGUGUUCACGUCGGCGGAGGAGCUGGAGAGAGCGCAGAGACUGGAGGAGAGGGAGAGGAUCAUACGGGAGAUCUGGAUGAACGGGCAGCCGGAUAUUCCCGGGACACGCAGCCUGAACAGGUAUUACUAAAGAGGGCACAGGGACGCCACCUACAGGACGCACUUGGCUCUUAUGAAGCUUUUCACGGCGGCGGCGGACUCUGCGGUGAGCCGGGAACAGGUUUUUUGCAGACUUUGAGAAAGCUGGUUUGCGUCUAGAAUAAGCUGUAAGGGAAUAAGCUCCCUCUCUGCUCGGUAAGCUCGCCUCUUAGCCGCCCUCUUUCUGCCGGAAGCGAAGGGUGAAAGGCCACGCCGCCUCGCCCGUGACCCCGGCAGGCCCCUUUUUGAAGUGAGGAUUUAUGGGUAAGCUGCGUUGGACACACACGGGCCCACAGAGACUAGGUGGUGACUGAAGAAGCGAGGCCUCAGAGGAGCUUCCUGCUUUAAACCGCCAGUAUUCAAGAGUGGACCUUUCAAAAUAAAAGCAGGAGGAAGUGAACGAGGCAGCGGGACAAUGGAAGACAAUCUAAAAUAAAAGAAUCUAUGCUGCCUUCUGAACUUUGACUAAACCAAAAGAUAUAUUUUGGGGAGAAUUCAUCUCAACCCGUAUGAAAUCUAUUUUAUAAUAUUUAAUAGUUUAUUGAUGUUAUGUAUUUUCGUUUCACGUACGGUUUGUUUUAUGAGAUAUUUUUAUACUUUUUCGCGAAGGUUGUCUGGCACCUCAGGGAUGCAAUCCUAGUGUUUCUGUCUUUGGUUUGACGUAUUUUUGCUUCAGAAGAAAAAACUGAUGUCAGCAUUUAAGAGAAAAAAAAUUAGAUCUAUCAUCUUUAAAAAAAAAAAGAGCCUCAAAGAGGUUUUUAGUGAUUCAAGCUUAUUUUUGUUACGUUUCAUUCACAGCGCAGUGCCUUCGGAGUCCCUCUGUCUUUAGUGCAGCUAGUGUGUAACCGGUCUCAAGAGUUAUUGAUUAGAUAUCCCAAAUUGAUCUGAUCAUAUAUGUACGCCAAAAUUAGGAUUCUUUGAAAUAAGAGCGAGGUGAAAGUUCAAAGUUCAACAGGACGCUCAUCUCAGCUGUGAGUCUCGAUCGCCGUGAUGCCAGGUCAUUGAUAAGCUAUCGUCAGUCCGGUUCUGUGAACGCUGCUCUGGGUUCAAGUGUAGAAACACAAAUACGAGUUUGAAAGAGAUAAAGGCUUGGUGUUCUUCUGACUGAGAGUUUGAGUAAAGGUACACGGGACAUAUAAGAGUAAUCCACAUAGAGUUUUUAUAAAUGUGUUUCUAUUGGAUUUGGAUCAAAUUGUGCCAUCGCUGGUAAAGUGAGACCAAAAUAUGACUCCUGUGUUUGGAAUAAACUGUUGAAAAUUAAACUGUCUUCAGUGUUUUUCUCUCUGUCUCUGACUUUUUCCUCUUCAGUCGUUUCCUCGUCUCCUCGUCUCCUCAUCUAAGUGAUCCACCUCUCGACUCAGACACAAGUGGACGAGGAUGCAAAUCUAAGAUCCACAUCACAUCUUUGGUGGUCCGAUUUUCUUCAUUACUAACUUUGUGA